AUGUCAGAUAAAGCAAGUUCCUGUGAUUCAUCUGAUUUCUCUGAUGGUUAUCCAACAACAACAACAAUUAGUACAGUUGCAUUACAAGCUGGUAAUGCACGUAUUGUACUUGCUGUAUUACGUUGUGGAAGUUGGAUACGUGUUCGAAUUCAACGUAUGGAGCCAGAUCUUUAUGAUAUUGGUGCAAAUGCUGAUGAAGCCCGUUCAUUACAUGAAAUACAUCAACAUUUAUGUACUAAAUUAGCGUCGAAACAAGAACAAAUAUCAGAACUUUUAUCAAAAGCUGAUGAUUUAGUUACACAACAAACUUCAGAUAACCAAAGUCAAGUGUAUGCAGCAAUGGCUGAAUCAUUAAAUCGUGCUUGGCGUGAUUUACUCGGUAUAUUAACUCAACGUGGAAGAUUAUUAGAUUUAGCUAUGGAAUGCUUUAAUUCAGCUGACAAUGUAAUUCAACAAGCUGAAAGAGUUGAACAUUUAUGCAUUACUGGUAGUUGGGGUCAUGAUAUCAGUUCAGUUCGUCGUUUAAUUGAAGAACAUGAAAAUCUAAAACGUACUGGUUUGUUAGAACCAUCUCAUAAUCUCCUGAAUUCAGCUAAUAAUUUAUUAGAACUACUUGGUCGUAUGUCAAGCCAAACUGGCAGUUCAACUUCUACAUCAAACACUGGUCCUAGACAUGCAAGUGUUGUAGCACGUGAACACGUAGCUGCAAUUACUUCAAAAGCUGGAAUGACUAGAAGACAUGCAGAAGAUAUUUGGAACCGUCGUGAUCAUCUACUUCAAUUAAGAUUAACUGUUGUUUCUAUGGAAGCAGAAUUAGAACGUAUUGUUGAUUGGUUUGUAAAGACUGGUGAACCACGUUUUUCAGACUUACAAGUUGGAACAAGUUUAUCUGAAUGUCAAACUAAUUUAGAUAGACUGAUGACAUUAGCAGACGAAGUACGUGAUUUACAAAGUGCUCAUUCACAUUUAACUCAAGAUCUUCAUCAAGCAACAACUACCGAUUCUUGGCGUAGAAAACGUGAAAAAAGUGUUUCUGAAAUAUUACGUGCACAAGAACAAGAAUUAGGAAUUCAUUCUACAUCAUUAAGUAUGGAUGUAGAUAAUGAAAAUGAAUUGAAAAGUAUUCAUGAUUCCGAUACAUGGCGUGUUACACAUGGUGCAUAUUCUGAAUUAAUUACACGAUUAAGAACUACUGAAUCUUAUAUUUGGGAAUUUUUAGAUCGAAUUGAAAAUCGAAGACGUCAAUUGCAUACUAGUGUGAUUUAUUAUAGUGAAGCCAAUGUGUUACUUAGCCAAAUCUAUCAGCUGGAAUCCGAUAUGAAAAGGACACGAGAUCUUCAGCAAACUGGAUUAGAGGAAAUUUAUUAUAAUAAAUUAACUGAUCUAGAAGUACGAGUACCUGGAUUAAAACAAACAAUGAAUGAGUUAAGAACAAGUUAUAAUGAAAAAAUUAGGCCAUCUAAUUUAAGAUCACAACUUGGUGUGACAACCCAAUCUUACGUUGAUGAAUUGGAUCUCACUACAAUAGCAUCAGCUUCAGUUACUGGAAAAAUGCGUGAAGUUGAAGAAGGUAUUACUAGAUGCCGAGAUCUGCUGAACCAACAUAAAGAAUUAACUAUUAAAGUACAGAAACGUGAAGAAACAGAAUUUCGGUUAAAUGAACUGAGCAUGUGGUUAAGUCAAAGGAUUCACCGUUCGCUCGUGGAAUAUGGAAAGUAUGGCACAACAGUCGAACAAGUAGCAGAUUUUGAAGAUGUACAUCGGCGUCUUCAACGUGAGCUGCAAUCUAGAGAACCUGAGUUAGAAGAAUUAAGAAUUGCGAUUAGUCGACUAUCUCCACCUGCUGGUAGAUCGAGCUCACAGGAUCGUUUAAAUGAACUGUCAUCUUGUUGGACACGUUAUAGGCAAAUAAUUCAAUUACGAUUGGAAUUAGCUAGUCAAUUCUCUUCUUUACUAAAGGGUAUACGUGAGAAUGAUGCUCAUUUUAAUUCGACAAUUCAAAAAAUGAAUGAAACUGAUAAAAUAAAAUUAACAACAACUAAUUUAGAUUUUCAUCCAAGUUGGGUAAUUGGUACUGCCGAUACACAACAAAUAGCUGAACGAAUUCGACGUGAAUUAAAUAUGACUACAAGUAGUUUAGAAGAAGAACAAAUAAUCAUUCGUCAAUUUAUCAAUCACAUUACUCAAAGAGCUGAUCAAGAUUUGCAAAUAACCGAAACAGUUCAUUUUUGUCAAGUUCAAUUAGAACUAAAUAAUAAACGUUUAAAUCAAUUACGUGAUUCUUGGGAUAACUGUCAACAAUUAUGGGAUCAAUAUAAACUUGCUCAAGAACAAUGGACUAUAUUUACAGAAACAGCUCAUCGUUUGGAUGAAUCGAUAACAUCAUCACUUUCACGUAUGUCCAGAACACCAUUGCCGAAUCAACCAUAUGAACUUGCAGAAGCUUUAAGGGUUCAUCAUAAUGAGCGCAAUGAAAUAGAUCAUUUAACAUUGAAUUUAAAAACAGAAGCUCAACAAUUAGGCUCCAUGAUUGGUGCACAACCGGAUGAUCAUGACUAUAAUAGUCAAAGUUGGAGAUUUAUUGAAGUUCCGAAUAAAUUCACUUCUGGUCUACCAUUAUCAACUAUGGGAAAACGUUUACGUUCAGAAAUGUGUUUACAAUUAGCUGGUUUAGAAACAAGGUGGAACGCAUGGGAUAAAGCAUGGACAUCAAGAAGUAUACAACUGGAACGACGUGGUACACAUUUUGGACAGUUAACAACUAUUGAGGAGAUAGAAGCAGAAAUUAUUUCAGCUGAAAGAAAAUUACAACAGAUUAUGGGAAUGGUUUCAUUAACUGCACCAUUAUCACAAGUUCAAAUUGCUGAUAGAGAUCUUAGUCAAAUUGAGGCUACGAUACCAGUUUUACACAGUCGAAUACGUUCUAGUGCUCCUGAUAUGAAAUUACAGUUAAUUCAAGGUGAACCAUCACCAACGGAAUAUACUGGAACAAAUAUUGAUUUGUUAAAUGUUUCAAAACGUCAUGAACAUCUUGAAACACGUUUAACAACAUUCACACAAGAAACUGUACGAUGUCGUACUGAAAUUAAUUUAACUCUGCGCUUAUUAAAUGCAGUAGAUACAGCACAGAAAGCCUUAUCACAGAUAACAUUUAAUUUAGAUCGUGUUAAAAAUCAACUACCAGAAAUUUCUUCAGAAAAUCGUUAUCAGAUUGAAGAGAUACGUUUUGAUAUAUCAGAACAAAUUAAUAGAGGACGAGUACUAGCUGAUACACAUAUACCAGUCUUGGAACAAUUAUCUAUUCAAUAUCCACGCCCUAUGGAAGCAAAACAAUUUAUCCAGCCUAUUGUAAAUGAGUUUCAAUCAUCUAUUAAUAAUUUAAAUCAAUUAUCAGAUGAAAUUCGUAUAAGAACAGAACAAUCCAUUAAUUUACAACGUUUACAACCUACACAUGUAUAUGAUGAUCAAAUGAAAGCCACUACACUUACAAUGCCAAUAAAAGCUAAACCACCAAUAAUUAUUAAACCAUUAGAAAAUAUAACUAUAGAAGAAGGUAAAAAAAUUAUUAUGGAAACAAUAUUUGAUUCUGGUCUUCCACCAGACGCUAACCCGUAUGAUACUAAUCAAUUACAAGUAACUUGGUACAAAGAUGGAAUACCUGUAGUUACUCCAGACUAUGAAGUUAAUUUAACAGAGAACACAGCAAGUUUGAAAAUAUCUGAAACUUUAAAUGAAGAUAAUGCUAUAUUCACAUGUUAUAUUAGUACACCAUAUGGUAAAGCUGAGACAAAAUGUACGUUAACAAUAAUAGAUACAAUUAGUCCAGUACCAGUCAAUGAAAGUUUAGUUCAACCUACUAGGAAUGUAAGAGAACAAAAACCUAUUCCUGAACUUGGUGAUCCGCCUGAAUUUACCAAACAUCUUAAAUCUAUGUGUAUAGAUGAAACUAGUGAAUUGGUUUUAGAUUGUCAAGCAGUUGGUUUACCUGUACCAAUUUUAUCAUGGUAUAGAAAUGGUCAAUUAAUUGAUCAAAAUCCUGAUUUUAAAAUUACUCAAUUAGCUGGAUCAGGAAUAUUGAGGAUUCCACAAUGUCGAAUAAUGAAUCAUUCUGGAUUAUAUUUAUGUCGUGCUACUAAUCCUUACGGUGAAUGUUCAACCACUUGUCAAGUGGAUAUAAAUCCAGCUAAGCCACCAAUAAUUAUUCAACCAUUACAAAAUGUUAAUCUUAAAGUUGGUGAUAGAUGUAAAUUAACUGUUCAGUAUAAGAGUGAACUUCCAGUUGAAGUAGAUUGGUAUCAUAAUGAUUUGCCAAUUCAAGGAGAAGUGGGUCGUCGACGUAUUACAAUGGAAUUAAAUAAUAUGAUCAGUUUACAUCUUCUUAUGGUUUCUGAUUUAGAAGACGGAAAGUAUACUUGUACAGUUCGUAAUGCAGCAGGCUCAGCUACUACAUAUUGCAAUGUUACUGUUCAACCAACAGAUACAAGAGAAUCAUUAUUACCGUCACAAGUGACACUACGACCAACAGCUCCACGUCGUAGAAGGGAUUUACAGUCUGAUUUAGAUGAAGUAUUUGAACCAGUUAAAAUGCCACGAAUAGUUCAAUCACCUACCGGAGUCACAGAAGAACAAGUGAUUCCAGUUAGUGCAGUUAAAGGAGCCUAUCCAAAAUAUACUCAAAGAGCUGUUUCAGUACCACCUACAACAACAGCCUCUGUACCUUUAAGAAUACAAACAAAUGCCACGGGAGGACGUCCAGUAUCAGAUUAUGGCAGACCCCCACAGUUUAUUCUACCACUGCAAAAUUCUGGAGUGAAUGAAGCCGAAAAAAUCAAAUUAGAAUGUCAAAUUACUGGGAUUCCUGCACCACAGGUUACUUGGCUUAAAAAUGGUAUCCCAUUAGCUAGAUCUAAUUCAUAUGUAACUAAAGAGAUUGGACAAUAUCACUGUCUAAUCUUUUAUGAUGUGUUUCUUGACGAUCAAGGUGAAUAUACAUGUGUAGCUGAAAAUCCUUAUGGAAAAGCAUUUAGUUCAUGUAGAAUGGAUGUUGAACCGAUUUGUAAAGAUGAACAACCAAAUGAUAGUGAACCGACGUUGGUAAAACCAUUACCGCCAAGUUUAUCUGUUGCAGAAGGUGGAUCAGUUGAAUUAACAUGUCAGUUCACUGGAAGGCCAAUACCUUCCAUAGUAUGGCUUAAAGAUGGUAAACAACCACAAUCUUCAACUAAUUUUCAGACAUUUCAAGAUUCUGGUUUUGCACGUCUUUAUAUACCGAAAGUUGAAAAAGAUAAAACUGGUCUAUAUGAAGCUGUAGCAACAAAUCCAUUAGGUAGUUGUUCUACUACUGUAUAUAUGGAAAUACUUCCAUCUAUACGAACAUCUAUUGAUUUAUUGCCAACAAUUUCACCAGUGAUGAGUGGAAGUUCACCGGAAUUUACGCGAAUAUUUAAAGAUGUUUAUAUUGAAUCAGAACGUUUAGAAGAAGUGGUACUUGAAUGUUCAGUAGUUGGUGUUCCAACACCAAUAGUGUAUUGGACCCAUAAUGGAAUAAUUAUCAGACCAGAUGACCAACGUUAUACUAUUGGUCAAGGACCUGGUCCAAAUGAUCAUUGUUUAAUUAUCCGACGACCAGGACCAGAAUCAGCAGGUCGUUAUCAAGCUAUAGCUGAAAAUCUCCAUGGAAGAGUUACUUGUUCAGCAUUUAUAAGUCCUAUUGGUUAUAGUCAAACAAUAAUUAAAAGACCUCCAUCUACGAUGAGUUUAACAAGGCAUACAGUUACACGACAAAUAUGUCCACGUGAAACAUCAUUACCUCCAUCACCAGCAAGUACUGCUCCAAUCAUUUCACCACAAUCAUUUGCUACAGUUCAAUUACCUUUAUCACCAGUACGAUUUCAAAGAGAAACAUCAGCUCCACCAUCACAAUACUAUUUGACAAGACAUCAUUUACAAAUAAGACCAAGACAGCCAACACCACCGAUUCAACUUACCUUUGCAUUACCACGCAAAGAACAAUCAUUAACUCGAACAGAGAUAAUACGACCUAUUGAUAGUCAAUUAAAAUUACAAGGCCAAGUAAAACAUUAUAGUAGUACACAACAUUUAUAUAAAAAACAAAUUACACCAAUUGUACCAAAUAUUGAAACACGUUAUUCACGACGUGUUGCUAGUCAACCACGUCUUUCACCAGGUUAUUCAUCAGAAGAAGAACAUGAACAUAGUAUGUCCGUCGUACCAAUGGUACGUCAUUAUAAAACACGUAUGAAAAGAAAUCUAGUAAGUAGACCAUAUAUCAUGUCUGGUUAUAGUUCAGUAAAAGAGCAUAAACGUACAUUACAUAUUACACCAAUGAGACGUGAAUAUCAAACAUCAUUAGAACAUAAUUUACCAGCUAGGCCAAUAUUAGAAAAAGGUUAUGCAGCUGAAGAAGAACGUGAAUAUGAAAUGAAUGUUGUACCUAUUGUACCUCAUACUGAUUAUAAAACUGAAUUAACAACUGAUAUUUAUAGUAAACCAGAGCUGACACCAGGCUAUACUACAGAAACUGAACAUAUUCGAUCAUUUGAAAUUACUCCAAUAGUACCGGAAUAUCAUACAAAAAUGGAACGAAAAAUAGCAAGUCAUCCAAUACUUGAAGCUGGUUAUUCAUCAGAAGAAGAACAUGAACAUAAAUUGGAUAUUAUUCCCAUGACUACUUCAUAUAAAACUGAACUAAACACUGACGUAUCCUCUAAACCAGAAUUGAUGCCUGGAUAUGCUGUUGAAACUAAACAUCCUAUCAAACUUGAAGUCACACCAAUAGUUCCAGAAUAUCGUACUGAAUUAGAUACAAAAGUUGCUAGUCAUCCACAUUUAGAGGAAGGUUAUACAUCAGAAGGUGAACAUGAGCACCAAAUGGAACUGAUACCGCUAGUGCCUGAAUACAAAACACAACUGUCAACAGAUUUAUCAGCAAAGACUGAAGUGAUCAGUGGUUAUGAAAGUCGAUUACAUUAUGAAAAAACCUAUCUUAUGGAAACUCAAUUAAAACAAUAUGAAACUGCUAUUUCAACUCAUCUACCAAGUAGGCCAUCUUUAACAUCAAUAUUUGAGUCGACUUUUGAACAUGAAACAAAUAUGAAUGUCGUUCCAGUUGUACCACAGAUUGAACGUCAUAAAAGUCAAUUGAUUACUGAUUUCUACGCUAGAUACCGUCCAGUAGAUGUAAUUGUUGAAGUACCUAUUCCACCAGAAUUUGUAAAACCUCUAGCAAAUGUUGUAGCUGAUGAAGGAGCAUGUGUUGUUAUAGAAGGUCUUGUAAAUGGAACACCACAACCCAAAAUAUCAUGGUAUCGUUCCGGACGUCAAUUAUCUGAUGGUCCUGAUUUCCGUUUAGAUUAUACAAAUAAUCGUGUACGAUUAACACUCAGUGAAGCAUUUCCUGACGAUGCAGGUGAAUAUACUUGUGAAGCUGAAAAUAUUGCAGGUCGUGCACAAAGUACUGCAAAUUUAGUAGUACGUGGUCGUUUAAUGACACCAAGAUUUAUUAAAGGACUUGAAAAUCAAAUAAUAUAUGAAAGAGAAUCAGUUCGAUUAGUUGUUAAAGUAGAUGGACAUCCACCACCAACAGUUACAUGGACUCGUGAUGGUCAUGAAAUUACAAGUUCUCCAAACUAUAUACUUGAAUGUGAAGGUAAUGGUAUUUAUGCACUAAAUAUACCUGAAGCAUUCUUUGAAAAUUCUGGUCGUUAUGCUGUAAUUGCUGAGAAUCCAGCUGGAAAAUGUAUUUCUUCUGGUUUGUUAACUGUUUUAGAACGAGAAAGACCUUAUCCUCGUGAAUUAGAUAAGUUAUGUCUAAGCCAGUUGACAGUGCAAGUAGAAGGUCUAAAACAAGUUCAAAUACCAUCUCCAGAACCUCGACCGUACCCAGAGAAGCCAUAUUUCACAAAAACCUUCAGUCCAGAAAUAGAAUUAUAUGAAGGUGAACGAUUAAUUUUAACAGCUGAAGCUUGUGGCAAUCCAAUACCAUUCAUUAAAUGGUACCUAAAUGGACAACCUUUAGUUGAUAGUCCAGAUCAUCAACAAACUCAGGUUGGACCACCAGUGUCUGAUGUGAAUGAAUUACAGCCUCAUCCAGUAAUAAUGACAGGACAUUUAAUUAUGAAUGAACUAUUCCCAGAAGAUUCUGGUCUUUACACAUGUAUAGCAGAAAAUAUAGCGGGUCAAGCAGAAGUUAUGUCUAAUAUAAGCGUUAUAACGAAAACUAUAAGCGAUACAAAAAAGCCAACUGUUCAACCACCGGAGUUUAUUAAAUUCCCAGAAUCUCCAAUAAGAGUUCAACUUGAUCAAGAAUUGAUAUUAGAAGUAGAAGUUAAAGGAUUACCAUUGAAUUCAUUGAAUUGGUAUCAUAAUGGCAUGAUUGUAUAUAGUAAUCCGAAUCAAUUCAUUCAAAAUAUACCAAAUACAGGGAUUACAAGAUUAAUUGUUCAACAAAUUCAACCAGAUGAUCAAGGAGAAUGGUUAGUGACAGCUACAAAUCCAGCUGGUUCAUGUUCAAAAUGUCUUCAAAUAAUUUGUGAAGAACCUAUAUCUGUUCUACCAGAGCCAGUUGUUCAUACUGAAUAUGAAUUGAAAUUAAGUCACCCAUCAAUGGAUAUCACUGAUUUAUCUCAUACAUAUCAACAACAAACAAUAUUUAUACAACCAGAAAUGAUUCCACCAAAUUUCAUUGAACGAUUUCCUAGUGAACUUAAAAUAAAUGAAAAGAUCCCGUUACAUAUACAUGGCAGAGUUUAUGGUCAGCCCAAACCAAGCGUACAAUGGCUUAAAAAUGGGAAACCAAUGUAUUCAGAUGAAAGGAUACAUUAUCAUGUAUUGGACAAUGGUGAAGUGGGAUUGGAAAUUACAGAACCAACUGAAGCUGAUUCUGGGAUUUAUGUAGCAUCAGCGAAAAAUCCUGCUGGAGAAGAUCAUUGUAUUGUUAACCUAUCCGUUGUACCGCUGUCAAGCGUUGCCCCAACUGGUCAACCACCAGUAUUCUGUCGAGGUCCUCUCCCUUGGUCUCCGACAGAAGCUGGUCCGGUAAUCACAUGUCCAGGUGUGUUAAACCUACAAGAAGGUCAGCCUGUUCGCUUAGAAGCUGAAGUAAUCGGGAAACCAGUCCCAACAGUAUCAUGGUUUAUUAAUGGUCGUCCGAUUACCAUGGAUAAAACGCACAAGAUCGUCCCCAUGCGUGCAAACGUAUGUUCACUAAUUCUAGACACACCCGUACCUAAUAUUGAUUCUGGUGUCUGUAGUUGUAUUGCUACUAAUCAAUUUGGUCAAGCGGAACUUCGAUUUAAUAUACAUGUCGAAGGUAAACCACAAACAAUUUUACAGGCUCCUCGGUUCAUACAAAAGCCACCUACUCAACUAACAGCAACCCUUAAUGAAGAAGUUACAUUGCAUGCAGUUGCAGAAGGAAUACCACAACCAGUACUAUCAUGGCAUAAAGAUGGAAAGUUAUUCACUGGAACAUCAGAUGGUCGUAUUCAAAUUUCAAUAAAUGAACUAGAGACAACACUGCAUUUUGCAGCUUUACAAUCUGAAGAUUUAUGUACAUGGCAGUGUUUAGCAGCAAAUAUAGCUGGAACUGCUUCAGCAAGAACAAAAAUUUUAGCACCAAUUGAAGAGAAACCUAAAGAAAUAAUUCGAAAGUUUAGUAUACCAAAGAAACAACCAGAAGGACUACAAGAAAUAACCUCCCCUUGUCCAAUAAUAAUGUCACCACCUCAGUCAGUAUGUAUAAAUGAAGGUGAAAAUGCUCGUUUUACAGCUCAUGUUGUUGCAAAUCCAUCACCAAUUGUAACAUGGUACGUCAAUGGCCAACCUGUACCUUCCUAUGGAAUUAUGCAAGCACAACAACCGGAAAGUGAAGAAAUACGAUACAUCAGUAGAUUUGAUGGUUUGAUUUAUUAUCUAGAUAUGCAGAAAUGUAAACCUGAAGAUGCAGGUGAAAUAUAUAUUGUAGCUCAACGAAGUGAUAUUUCACCGGAAUUAGUAAACAUUGAACCAAAUGCUGUUGUAAGUGCAUCUGCUAAACUGGAGGUGAUACCAGUAAUUGAUUUACGUGCACAACUCAAACCAAUACCAAAACCGUCUAUUGAAGUAAUAGCUGAAAAAGUUAUGCCAACACAAGAAGGUCCUGCAAUGCGUGCACCACGGUUCUUGAAAUUUUUAGAACCACAAACUGUUCCUGAAUCUUCAGAAAUAACGUUUUCAGUUGAAUUUGAUGGGGAACCAGCACCUGAAGUUACCUGGGCACGUGAACAAGUCUAUAUAAAUAAUAGAGAAAACUAUAAGAUAACAACAACUUCUACAACUAGUCAACUUGUUAUUUCAAAAGUUCUCUUAGAAGAUACAGGGAAUUUCUCAGUUACAUUGCGUAAUCCAGCUGGACAAGCUUGUAGUAAAUCAAGGCUUACAGUGACACAAAUUAAAGUAUCAGGAAAAGCUCCUGAAUUCAUACCACCAUUAAUAGAAUCACAGAUUGUAGAAGCUGGAGAACCAAUUACAUUUGAAUGCAAGGUUACUGGUGAACCAACUCCACAAGUUCAUUGGGAACGAAAUGGAGAGCGGUUACCUCUAAAAGAUCUUGAAUAUAUACGCGUAUUUGAUGCGCCACCGUUUCAUACUCUUGUAUUAUGUGAAACUGUACCAGAUGAUUCUGCUGAGUAUCGUUGUGUAGCAAUAAAUGCUCAUGGACAGUCAAUUUGUAAAGCAAAUGUUACUAUACAAGCUAAACCAGCUGCCAUUGUCCCACCAAGAAUUAUUCAAGAACCAAAAAGUGUAACUGUCAUGGAAUCUCAACCAGUUCAACUAAUUGCACUAAUAGAAGGUACACCGAUGCCAGAAAUUACUUGGUUACUAAAUAAUGAAAUUAUUAAACCAUCACGUUACUUUCUUCCUGAAAUUCGAUCAGAUGGUUAUACAAUACUUAAUAUUUCUAGUGUUUAUCCAGAAGAUACUGGAAUUUAUACAGUACGUGCUGUGAACUCUGGUGGAGAAGCUCAAGCAUCAGCGGAAAUCUUAAUUUCUGCUCCAUUACAAACUGCUCCACAAUUUGUGAAACCUUUACCUACUGGGACACUAGAAGUAAAAGAAGGUGGAGGAUUAUUCUUAGAAGUUCAAGUUUCAGGCGAACCUAUACCUCAAAUUGAUUGGUAUCAUAAUGGUCAAUCUUUACAAUCUGGACCAAUUUGGAAAGUUAAAACUGAUAGAUAUACUUCACAACUUGAAUGUAAUGUAAUCUCCAUGAAUGAUGGUGGUGAAAUUCUUGUCAGAGCAACUAAUUCAGUUGGUCAAACAACUACGCAAACAAAAGUGGUAAUAAUCCGGUCAGGACCCAAACCAACUCCACCAGUUUUUCAAAAACGUCUUCAACCUCAAGUAAAGGCGCCAGAGCAUCACACUGUCACGUUGGAAUGUUCAGUAAAUGGAUGUCCGGAACCAACUUUACGAUGGUUUCAUAACGGUGUGGAGUUUGAACCAGUUUUAAUAUCAUCCUUUUCUCAUGAAAUGGCCGCUAAGAGAGAAUUAUAUAUUGAUGAGGCGACACAUACAUAUACGUUACACAUACAUGAUAUAAACGCUUUUGAUGUUGGAGAAAUUAUGGUACGCGCAGAGAAUGAACUUGGCGUAACUAUGUGUAGUAGUGUAUUAGAAUUAGAAAUUCUUGAUGGAAAAAUUGUUGAACCACGUUUUAUACGUCAACCACCAGAAAGAAUUGAAUUACAACCUGGAGAUAGCGCUCAAUUAGAGUGUGAAGUGGAAUCAGAACCACCUGUUACAUUUAAAUGGUAUUUAAAUGGAUUACAAUUGGAUCAGUCAAAUAAACGAUUUAAAGUUCUUGAAGAUGUAAAUCGUACAACUCUUAUAAUUCCAUCUGUUCAACAAGAUAUUCUUCCUAGUGAAGUGACUAUUGAAGCUGCUGGUCAAACUGGUACAAAGAUUGUAACAUCUUCAAUUCUAGUAAUGACAGCUAAAACAGAUGAUUUAUCAGUACCUGAACCACCAGAAUUACGUUUUAGUCGACAACUUCCAUCAAAUUUAGCAUAUAGUGAAAUGGAUGAUACAAUAAUUCUUGAUGUAGAAGUUGAUAAACCAGAAAUAUCAUCAAUUGAAUUACCUAAACCUACAUUUAGUUGGUAUAUGAAUGGAAUAGAUAUAUUUUUAUUACCACCUGAUAAGAAACCUGAACGUUAUAAUGUUUCACAAGAUAAUCCAUGGCAUAGUCGAUUAACUAUUAAUAAACCUGGUACAUGGGAUUUUGGUGAAAUCACUUGUUUUGUAACACGUUUAACUGAUAAAAAAGAAGAAAAAAUUUAUACUUCAUGUAAUCUUGAACUUACUUAUCAACCAAUUAAACCAGACGAACAAUCUAAACCAAUUAUAUCAAAACUUGAAUUUGCACCACAAUUUAUUCAAGGUUUACCAGAAAAAUUAACACCAGAAGUUGGAUCAACUGUUGUAAUGGAUAUUAUAUUAAAAUCAAAUCCAAUACCUGAUAUUCAAUGGGUAAUAAGUUCACCAUUAACAGCUGAAAGAUUUGAAUAUUUCGGUCCAGAACAAAUUGAUAAUGAAACAAUACAAUAUCGUGCUAUAUUACAUAAUUAUCAACCUGAUAAAGAUGAUAAUACUAUGUUACAAAUGAUUGCUACCUCAUCAUUAGGACAGUCUACAUCAAUAUGUCAUAUACAACCAAAAGAACAACAAACUGUUAAUAUACAAUUUGCUAAAACAUUAAAUUCACAAUUAGAAGUUGUAUUAGAUCAAUCAGUUGAAUUAGAAUGUUCUAUUAUACCAACUAAUAUACCAAUUGAAUUUCGUUGGUAUAUUAAAGGUGUAGAAAUCACUGCUGAACAUAUACCAUAUGAAAUAAAUACUACUGAUUUUACAUCUAUAUUAAAAAUUCCUAAAAUUAAUUCUGAAAUGAUUGGUAGUACUAUUAGUGUAUCAGUAUGUUCUCCAUAUAGUAAUGAAUUAAAAAGUUCUUGUGAAUUAUAUACAAUAUCUGAAUCUCAUUUACCAAUUAUUGAAGAUAUAAUUACUGAAUUACCAACAAUUCCAGAGAUGUUAACAAUUGAAUCAAAAAUAAUUGAACAAGAAUAUGAAUUUAGUUUUAUUAAACCAAUUCAUUAUGAAAUAUAUCAAAAUUCAAAUGAAGAAUAUACUUUAGAAUUAGAAUGUCAGUUAAUAACAGAUCAACAACCAGCGUCUAUUAAAUGGAGCCAUGAAGGUAUUGAAUUAAAUAUUUCUGAUCGUAUCGAGCAGGUCUAUGAAUAUGAAAGUGGUUUAGCUAUACUAAUUAUACAUAAUAUUACACCUCAAGAUAUGGGUGAAUACACUUGUACUGCUACACAAGCUCAUCUUCAACCUUCACAAGUUGAACCAAUACAGAAAACAAUCAGUACGAGUACUGUUGUGGAUAUAGAAGUUCCUGAAACGACAGAAGUUGUGCCAACAGUAACUGAGAAGGUUCUCACCUUCUUACAACCAGUAACACCGAAUAUCCACAUUGUACAAGACCAUAAGGAUCUUGAACUGGAAUGUCAAAUUCAAGCAGAUUUAAAGCCAAUUCAAGUUGUCUGGGAAGUUGAUGGCAAGGAAUUAACUCAAUCUGACCGUAAUGAAAUGAUCUAUUUUGAAGAUAGUGGAGUAGCUCGUCUAAUAGUACAUCAAGUGGUUCCAUCGGAUUCUGGUGAAUACACUUGCAAAGUUCAUGGUGAGGUGAUUGAAGCUGAGACCAAACAACAAAUGACCAAAACAAUUUCAUCUGGCUCAAUUGUUACAAUUGAAGUUCCUGAAACGACAGAAGUUGUGCCAACAGUAACUGAGAAGGUUCUCACCUUCUUACAACCAGUAACACCGAAUAUCCACAUUGUACAAGACCAUAAGGAUCUUGAACUGGAAUGUCAAAUUCAAGCAGAUUUAAAGCCAAUUCAAGUUGUCUGGGAAGUUGAUGGCAAGGAAUUAACUCAAUCUGACCGUAAUGAAAUGAUCUAUUUUGAAGAUAGUGGAGUAGCUCGUCUAAUAGUACAUCAAGUGGUUCCAUCGGAUUCUGGUGAAUACACUUGCAAAGUUCAUGGUGAGGUGAUUGAAGCUGAGACCAAACAACAAAUGACCAAAACAAUUUCAUCUGGCUCAAUUGUUACAAUUGAAGUUCCUGAAACGACAGAAGUUGUGCCAACAGUAACUGAGAAGGUUCUCACCUUCUUACAACCAGUAACACCGAAUAUCCACAUUGUACAAGACCAUAAGGAUCUUGAACUGGAAUGUCAAAUUCAAGCAGAUUUAAAGCCGAUUCAAGUUGUCUGGGAAGUUGAUGGCAAGGAAUUAACUCAAUCUGACCGUAAUGAAAUGAUCUAUUUUGAAGAUAGUGGAGUAGCUCGUCUAAUAGUACAUCAAGUGGUUCCAUCGGAUUCUGGUGAAUACACUUGCAAAGUUCAUGGUGAGGUGAUUGAAGCUGAGACCAAACAACAAAUGACCAAAACAAUUUCAUCUGGCUCAAUUGUUACAAUUGAAGUUCCUGAAACGACAGAAGUUGUGCCAACAGUAACUGAGAAGGUUCUCACCUUCUUACAACCAGUAACACCGAAUAUCCACAUUGUACAAGACCAUAAGGAUCUUGAACUGGAAUGUCAAAUUCAAGCAGAUUUAAAGCCAAUUCAAGUUGUCUGGGAAGUUGAUGGCAAGGAAUUAACUCAAUCUGACCGUAAUGAAAUGAUCUAUUUUGAAGAUAGUGGAGUAGCUCGUCUAAUAGUACAUCAAGUGGUUCCAUCGGAUUCUGGUGAAUACACUUGCAAAGUUCAUGGUGAGGUGAUUGAAGCUGAGACCAAACAACAAAUGACCAAAACAAUUUCAUCUGGCUCAAUUGUUACAAUUGAAGCUGGUGAAAAAGAGGACAAAUACAUUUCACCAAUUUUUGUUCACGAGUUAACACCAUUAAAUAUUUCUGAAGGUGAAGAAAUUUAUUUAACAGCUACUGUUAAAGGAAAUCCUCAACCUGAAGAAGUGAUUUGGAAACAUAAUGGAAAUAUACUUCAACCAGACGUAACGGAUGUUUUAAUGUUCUAUACUCCAGAAACAGGUGUUUGUGAAUUGACAAUAUCUGAAGCAUUUCCUGAAGAUUCAGGAAUUUAUUCUGUUGAAGUCCAGAAUACUGUUGGUAUGGCUGUUAGUCAAACUGAAGUAGUUGUAUUGGUAGAGGUAAGAAAUGAACCUACAAUUUUAAAGUCAGAAGAUCAGAAAGAAUCAAUUGUUGAAGAUGUUUUGAACGUUGUUACUGAUAUUUCAGGUGAUAAAGCAGUUGUAUCUACGGUCGAAGGUGUAGAGUUACUUAAACAAGAAGUAGUUGUUAAUAUAGUGCAAACUGAAAAAACGGAAAUGUAUUCAAUGAUUGAAACUCUACCAGAAAUACCACAAGCGGCGAUUUAUGAACACAUCAUAGAGGAGACUGAAUUCGAAAUCAGUUUGGAAGAACCGCUAGAGAUUAGUGAUGAUGAGUUAUUGCUCGAUGAAGGAGUUACACCAACACAUGUAGUUGUAUUGGAUGUUCUUAUACCUCAUGAUUCUGUGAGCAUUGAUGAAACAAGCAUAAGCGUAGAGGAAGCUGGCAAGGCUCAAUCGAUCCCAAGUGUCACAGAAAUUUCUUUACAUGACGUUUCUUUAGCCGCGGUUUCAGAUGUAAAUAUAACCGAGUUAAAAGCUCUCGAUGCCAAGGUCAGAACACAGGAAGAAAAAGAAAAAUCGAAUGAAAAAGAAAACCAAACUCAAUCAAUGGAAAUUAUGAACUCAGAUUCGAUCGAACAAAAAAUAAAAGAGCAAAGUAAAGACAAAGAAGAUGAUAUAACAGAGAUAGGGAUAAAAACAGUCCAAGAAGAAACUAAAAAGAUGAAGAUGGAAGAAAAACACUAUGCCACCCCAGUGGAAUCGGAGACAGUCUCGGUCUUAGGUGUGACGGAGGAGAAGAGCGUGGUCUCAGCGACAGAAGACUUUGCCAUGGAGGUGGAGCAGGUGACUUUGACCGUGGAUGAGGUGUCACCUCGUAUGGAGUCCCUGACGUCCUCAGCUGAAGAACGUGUUGUCAGUGAGGCUGUUCCACUGGAGGAGACGGUCUAUGAUGUGUACGAAACGGAACAGGUUGAAGCUGUAACACGUCCUACCACUGACGCUGUCGCUUCUGGUGUUGUCUCCUCGACUACUCCUUCUCUGUCUGACGUUGUCAGUGUUGAAGAAGUUCCUUCUGAGGUAACGGAAGCCGGAGACACAGUGACGGCGAAGACCGCCGAGGUCAUUGUUCAAGAAGGGAAGGAGUCUGUGUCACAGACCAUGGAGUGGGUUUCAGAGGGUGUUGGUGAGUUGGAGGAAUCCGACCGUCAGGAUAGUGCUCGUGUUGUGGAGCAGCCGAAUGAAGUGAGUGUGGCGGUUUCUGAAAAGCCCACUGAAGUGGCGACACCUGAGGUCUCAGUGAAGGAGGCUGUGGUUGAAAAGACCCCAGUGGAAUCGGAGACAGUCCCGGUCUCAAUUGUUAGCAAAGGAGUGGUAGAGGUGACGGACAUGAAGAGCACAGUUGGAGUGACAGAGGAAUCUGGUAGUGUGGCGGAGCAGGAGACGUUGGUUGUUGAGCAGGUGGCGGAAUCCAAGGAGACAGUGACUGUUAAGAUGGAGGAGCGGGUUGUACAGGAGGUGGAGAAGGAGUCCGUCCCAGAGACGAUGGAGUGGGUUUCAGAGGGUGUUGGUGAGUUGGAGGAAUCCGACCGUCAGGAUAGUGCUCGUGUUGUGGAGCAGCCGAGCGAAGUAGGUGUUGCAGUUUCCGAAACGCAAGUGAAGGUGGAGACGAUUGAGUUGGUGUCAGUGAAGGAGGCUGUGGUGGACGAGACCCCAGUGGAAUCGGAGACAGUCUCGGUCUUAGGUGUGACGGAGGAGAAGAGCGUGGUCUCAGCGACAGAAGACUUUGCCAUGGAGGUGGAGCAGGUGACUUUGACCGUGGAUGAGGUGUCACCUCGUAUGGAGUCCCUGACGUCCUCAGCUGAAGAACGUGUUGUCAGUGAGGCUGUUCCACUGGAGGAGACGGUCUAUGAUGUGUACGAAACGGAACAGGUUGAAGCUGUAACACGUCCUACCACUGACGCUGUCGCUUCUGGUGUUGUCUCCUCGACUACUCCUUCUCUGUCUGACGUUGUCAGUGUUGAAGAAGUUCCUUCUGAGGUAACGGAAGCCGGAGACACAGUGACGGCGAAGACCGCCGAGGUCAUUGUUCAAGAAGGGAAGGAGUCUGUGUCACAGACCAUGGAGUGGGUUUCAGAGGGUGUUGGUGAGUUGGAGGAAUCCGACCGUCAGGAUAGUGCUCGUGUUGUGGAGCAGCCGAAUGAAGUGAGUGUGGCGGUUUCUGAAAAGCCCACUGAAGUGGCGACACCUGAGGUCUCAGUGAAGGAGGCUGUGGUUGAAAAGACCCCAGUGGAAUCGGAGACAGUCCCGGUCUCAAUUGUUAGCAAAGGAGUGGUAGAGGUGACGGACAUGAAGAGCACAGUUGGAGUGACAGAGGAAUCUGGUAGUGUGGCGGAGCAGGAGACGUUGGUUGUUGAGCAGGUGGCGGAAUCCAAGGAGACAGUGACUGUUAAGAUGGAGGAGCGGGUUGUACAGGAGGUGGAGAAGGAGUCCGUCCCAGAGACGAUGGAGUGGGUUUCAGAGGGUGUUGGUGAGUUGGAGGAAUCCGACCGUCAGGAUAGUGCUCGUGUUGUGGAGCAGCCGAGCGAAGUAGGUGUUGCAGUUUCCGAAACGCAAGUGAAGGUGGAGACGAUUGAGUUGGUGUCAGUGAAGGAGGCUGUGGUGGACGAGACCCCAGUGGAAUCGGAGACAGUCUCGGUCUUAGGUGUGACGGAGGAGAAGAGCGUGGUCUCAGCGACAGAAGACUUUGCCAUGGAGGUGGAGCAGGUGACUUUGACCGUGGAUGAGGUGUCACCUCGUAUGGAGUCCCUGACGUCCUCAGCUGAAGAACGUGUUGUCAGUGAGGCUGUUCCACUGGAGGAGACGGUCUAUGAUGUGUACGAAACGGAACAGGUUGAAGCUGUAACACGUCCUACCACUGACGCUGUCGCUUCUGGUGUUGUCUCCUCGACUACUCCUUCUCUGUCUGACGUUGUCAGUGUUGAAGAAGUUCCUUCUGAGGUAAAACCUCCAGAAUGUUCAAAACCGACUGCUCCUUCAACUCCUGUCAAUAUAAAAAUUAUUAUAAUUCCACCAGAAAGUCCAUCUUCAAAAUCUAAACUUCAUAUAACUUGGCAACAACCUGAUGAUAUUCCAGUCACUAAUUUUUAUAUAGAAUUAAAACCAUCAAAUUCCAAAACAUGGCAAGAUGUAUCUGCUGAUUUCACUAUUACUGAACCUGAUGCAAUACUGCCAACUGAUAACUUGCAAGAAUUUGUCAGUUAUGAAUUUCGUGUUAUUGCUGAAAAUGAAGCAGGCAAAAGUCUUCCGUCAAUACCAUCGAAUUCAAUAGAAUUAGGUAUACCGCUAGAAUUCAUUCGCCCAUUGACGGAUAUAACUGUCAGCGCAGUGACAAAUGAACCAGUCAUACUUGAAUGUGAACUAUCUCGAACUCCACGUGACAAGAUCCAAUGGUUUAAGGAUGGAAAAGCACUACCCAGCAGACUGUCGAGUAGAAUAAAAGUUGAAGAGUUGGAGAAUGGAAAAGUUCACCGAAUUAUCUUCAGUCCAUUGACAGAGGAAGAUCUAGGUGUUUAUUCUGUGAAAGUAGAGAAUUUGACAAGUGAAGCACGAGUGGAUAUGAAGAUUGCACCAACACUGAAGCUGUCGGAAUCAUUCUCUGACAAAGUCAUCAUGAAAGCAGGAGAGGCGGCCGUCUUCGAAAUACCAUUCGUCGCCAGUCCGAAACCGACAGUGACCUGGUCAUGGAGGCCAAGAACACGUCCUGAUGCGGAGUUGGGAUCAGCUCAGACUCCACGAUUUAAGGCUGACGUGGUGUCCGGACUGACAUCACUUCCAGUGAGUAAGGUGAAGCGUGAAGAUGCUGGUGAGUACAGUGUGGUCAUCAGUAAUGAAUUGGGGGAGGUGACAGUGAGUAUUGAGUUGAUUGUAUUGGACAAACCAUCUGUACCUCGCAAUUUAGUUGCGAGUGAUAACACUGGUGAGAGUGUUUUGUUCAGUUGGACGGAACCAGAAUUCCUCGGUCUUCAUCCUGAUGUAGGAGUUAGUGAUGGAUUGAGUUACGUUGUCGAGAUGCGUGAGUCAAAUCAACGUGCGAGUAGGUCGGUGACAGUGACGAGUGAAUUGAAUACUCUUAUAGACAAAUUGCAAGUGAACAAGUCGUAUGUGUUUAGUGUUGCAGCUAAAAAUGAUGUCGGUCAGUCGGAAUUCGCUGAAACGAGUCCAGUUUCGACGAAGUUGGAAUAUGGUCCACCAUCGAGUCCAGUCAAUGUGAAGGCAGUCGUCAAUCCACCGAAGGCCUCCAUCAAAGAUCAAACGAUAGAAUUGACGUGGGAACAACCAACCGACCAAGUGUCUGCCAGUGGACCGGUCACAAACUUCUACAUCGAAUUGAAGCCUGAAGAUUCAACUCGAUGGCAGGACGUGAGUGCCGACUUCACAAUCACUGAACCACACUUCACACUUCCUACUGAUAAAUUGCAAGAGUUUGUGAGUUAUGAGUUCCGUGUAACAUCAGAGAAUAAAGCUGGCAAGAGUAAACCUUCUUCACCAUCGAACGCUGUUCAACUAGGUAUACCGCUAGAAUUCAUUCGCCCAUUGACGGAUAUAACUGUCAGCGCAGUGACAAAUGAACCAGUCAUACUUGAAUGUGAACUAUCUCGAACUCCACGUGACAAGAUCCAAUGGUUUAAGGAUGGAAAAGCACUACCCAGCAGACUGUCGAGUAGAAUAAAAGUUGAAGAGUUGGAGAAUGGAAAAGUUCACCGAAUUAUCUUCAGUCCAUUGACAGAGGAAGAUCUAGGUGUUUAUUCUGUGAAAGUAGAGAAUUUGACAAGUGAAGCACGAGUGGAUAUGAAGAUUGCACCAACACUGAAGCUGUCGGAAUCAUUCUCUGACAAAGUCAUCAUGAAAGCAGGAGAGGCGGCCGUCUUCGAAAUACCAUUCGUCGCCAGUCCGAAACCGACAGUGACCUGGUCAUGGAGGCCAAGAACACGUCCUGAUGCGGAGUUGGGAUCAGCUCAGACUCCACGAUUUAAGGCUGACGUGGUGUCCGGACUGACAUCACUUCCAGUGAGUAAGGUGAAGCGUGAAGAUGCUGGUGAGUACAGUGUGGUCAUCAGUAAUGAAUUGGGGGAGGUGACAGUGAGUAUUGAGUUGAUUGUAUUGGACAAACCAUCUGUACCUCGCAAUUUAGUUGCGAGUGAUAACACUGGUGAGAGUGUUUUGUUCAGUUGGACGGAACCAGAAUUCCUCGGUCUUCAUCCUGAUGUAGGAGUUAGUGAUGGAUUGAGUUACGUUGUCGAGAUGCGUGAGUCAAAUCAACGUGCGAGUAGGUCGGUGACAGUGACGAGUGAAUUGAAUACUCUUAUAGACAAAUUGCAAGUGAACAAGUCGUAUGUGUUUAGUGUUGCAGCUAAAAAUGAUGUCGGUCAGUCGGAAUUCGCUGAAACGAGUCCAGUUUCGACGAAGUUGGAAUAUGGUCCACCAUCGAGUCCAGUCAAUGUGAAGGCAGUCGUCAAUCCACCGAAGGCCUCCAUCAAAGAUCAAACGAUAGAAUUGACGUGGGAACAACCAACCGACCAAGUGUCUGCCAGUGGACCGGUCACAAACUUCUACAUCGAAUUGAAGCCUGAAGAUUCAACUCGAUGGCAGGACGUGAGUGCCGACUUCACAAUCACUGAACCACACUUCACACUUCCUACUGAUAAAUUGCAAGAGUUUGUGAGUUAUGAGUUCCGUGUAACAUCAGAGAAUAAAGCUGGCAAGAGUAAACCUUCUUCACCAUCGAACGCUGUUCAACUAGGUAUACCGCUAGAAUUCAUUCGCCCAUUGACGGAUAUAACUGUCAGCGCAGUGACAAAUGAACCAGUCAUACUUGAAUGUGAACUAUCUCGAACUCCACGUGACAAGAUCCAAUGGUUUAAGGAUGGAAAAGCACUACCCAGCAGACUGUCGAGUAGAAUAAAAGUUGAAGAGUUGGAGAAUGGAAAAGUUCACCGAAUUAUCUUCAGUCCAUUGACAGAGGAAGAUCUAGGUGUUUAUUCUGUGAAAGUAGAGAAUUUGACAAGUGAAGCACGAGUGGAUAUGAAGAUUGCACCAACACUGAAGCUGUCGGAAUCAUUCUCUGACAAAGUCAUCAUGAAAGCAGGAGAGGCGGCCGUCUUCGAAAUACCAUUCGUCGCCAGUCCGAAACCGACAGUGACCUGGUCAUGGAGGCCAAGAACACGUCCUGAUGCGGAGUUGGGAUCAGCUCAGACUCCACGAUUUAAGGCUGACGUGGUGUCCGGACUGACAUCACUUCCAGUGAGUAAGGUGAAGCGUGAAGAUGCUGGUGAGUACAGUGUGGUCAUCAGUAAUGAAUUGGGGGAGGUGACAGUGAGUAUUGAGUUGAUUGUAUUGGACAAACCAUCUGUACCUCGCAAUUUAGUUGCGAGUGAUAACACUGGUGAGAGUGUUUUGUUCAGUUGGACGGAACCAGAAUUCCUCGGUCUUCAUCCUGAUGUAGGAGUUAGUGAUGGAUUGAGUUACGUUGUCGAGAUGCGUGAGUCAAAUCAACGUGCGAGUAGGUCGGUGACAGUGACGAGUGAAUUGAAUACUCUUAUAGACAAAUUGCAAGUGAACAAGUCGUAUGUGUUUAGUGUUGCAGCUAAAAAUGAUGUCGGUCAGUCGGAAUUCGCUGAAACGAGUCCAGUUUCGACGAAGUUGGAAUAUGGUCCACCAUCGAGUCCAGUCAAUGUGAAGGCAGUCGUCAAUCCACCGAAGGCCUCCAUCAAAGAUCAAACGAUAGAAUUGACGUGGGAACAACCAACCGACCAAGUGUCUGCCAGUGGACCGGUCACAAACUUCUACAUCGAAUUGAAGCCUGAAGAUUCAACUCGAUGGCAGGACGUGAGUGCCGACUUCACAAUCACUGAACCACACUUCACACUUCCUACUGAUAAAUUGCAAGAGUUUGUGAGUUAUGAGUUCCGUGUAACAUCAGAGAAUAAAGCUGGCAAGAGUAAACCUUCUUCACCAUCGAACGCUGUUCAACUAGGUAUACCGCUAGAAUUCAUUCGCCCAUUGACGGAUAUAACUGUCAGCGCAGUGACAAAUGAACCAGUCAUACUUGAAUGUGAACUAUCUCGAACUCCACGUGACAAGAUCCAAUGGUUUAAGGAUGGAAAAGCACUACCCAGCAGACUGUCGAGUAGAAUAAAAGUUGAAGAGUUGGAGAAUGGAAAAGUUCACCGAAUUAUCUUCAGUCCAUUGACAGAGGAAGAUCUAGGUGUUUAUUCUGUGAAAGUAGAGAAUUUGACAAGUGAAGCACGAGUGGAUAUGAAGAUUGCACCAACACUGAAGCUGUCGGAAUCAUUCUCUGACAAAGUCAUCAUGAAAGCAGGAGAGGCGGCCGUCUUCGAAAUACCAUUCGUCGCCAGUCCGAAACCGACAGUGACCUGGUCAUGGAGGCCAAGAACACGUCCUGAUGCGGAGUUGGGAUCAGCUCAGACUCCACGAUUUAAGGCUGACGUGGUGUCCGGACUGACAUCACUUCCAGUGAGUAAGGUGAAGCGUGAAGAUGCUGGUGAGUACAGUGUGGUCAUCAGUAAUGAAUUGGGGGAGGUGACAGUGAGUAUUGAGUUGAUUGUAUUGGACAAACCAUCUGUACCUCGCAAUUUAGUUGCGAGUGAUAACACUGGUGAGAGUGUUUUGUUCAGUUGGACGGAACCAGAAUUCCUCGGUCUUCAUCCUGAUGUAGGAGUUAGUGAUGGAUUGAGUUACGUUGUCGAGAUGCGUGAGUCAAAUCAACGUGCGAGUAGGUCGGUGACAGUGACGAGUGAAUUGAAUACUCUUAUAGACAAAUUGCAAGUGAACAAGUCGUAUGUGUUUAGUGUUGCAGCUAAAAAUGAUGUCGGUCAGUCGGAAUUCGCUGAAACGAGUCCAGUUUCGACGAAGUUGGAAUAUGGUCCACCAUCGAGUCCAGUCAAUGUGAAGGCAGUCGUCAAUCCACCGAAGGCCUCCAUCAAAGAUCAAACGAUAGAAUUGACGUGGGAACAACCAACCGACCAAGUGUCUGCCAGUGGACCGGUCACAAACUUCUACAUCGAAUUGAAGCCUGAAGAUUCAACUCGAUGGCAGGACGUGAGUGCCGACUUCACAAUCACUGAACCACACUUCACACUUCCUACUGAUAAAUUGCAAGAGUUUGUGAGUUAUGAGUUCCGUGUAACAUCAGAGAAUAAAGCUGGCAAGAGUAAACCUUCUUCACCAUCGAACGCUGUUCAACUAGGCGUUCCACUCGAAUUUAUACGACCACUAACUGACUUGACUGUUGACAAAGUAACCAAUGAACCAGUCAUCCUUGAGUGUGAACUAUCUCGUACUCCUCGUGAUAAAGUACAAUGGUUGAAGGAUGGGAAACCUAUUGGUCGUCUACCAGACCGUGUGACAAUUGAGGAGUUGGAGAAUGGGAAAAUCCAUCGUGUGAAGUUCACUUCAUUAAUGGAUGAUGAUUUGGGUGUAUAUAGUUUACGUGUUGAGAAGUUAUCUAGUGAAUGUCGACUAGAUAUGAAAGUACCGCCAACAUUGAGAUUAUCCGAUUCGUUCUCCGAUCGAGUGAUCAUCAAGGCUGGAGGUGCCAUGGUGUUCGAAAUACCAUUCACUGCCAGUCCUAAACCAAAAGUCGAAUGGACAUGGAGACAGCGAAGUCGACCAGAUGGUGAAUUGGGACCGGUACAAAGUCCACGAUUUAAGGCUGACGUGGUGUCGGGAUUGACGUCAUUGCCUGUGAGUAAGGUGAAGCGUGAGGAUGCCGGUGACUACACAGUGGUGAUCAGUAACGAGUUGGGUGAAGUGUCUGUGACGAUUCAGAUGAUUGUGAUUGACAAGCCAUCUGUACCUCGUGAUUUGGAGGUGAGUGAGAACAGUGGUGAGAGUGUGUUGUUGAGUUGGAAGGAGCCUGAAUUCGUUGGUUUGUCCACAACGAUGACGACGACGACGGAUGUGAGUGUGAGUGGUGUUGGUGGAUUGUUGGAGUAUGUGGUUGAGAUGCGUGAGUCUAGUCAACGUGCUGGUCGUGGAGUGAGCAAAACGAGUGAAUUGAGUGUGAGGAUUGACGAUCUUCAGAUCAACAAGUCGUAUGUGUUUAGUGUUGCAGCGAAGAAUGAUGUUGGUCAAUCAGAGUUUGCAGAAACGAAACCAGUUUCAACUAAAUUAGAUUAUGGUCCACCAUCGAGUCCAGUCAAUGUGAAGGCAGUCGUCAAUCCACCGAAGGCCUCCAUCAAAGAUCAAACGAUAGAAUUAACGUGGGAACAACCAACCGACCAAGUGUCUGCCAGUGGACCGGUCACAAACUUCUACAUCGAAUUGAAGCCUGAAGAUUCAACUCGAUGGCAGGAUGUGAGUGCCGACUUCACAAUCACUGAACCACACUUCACACUUCCUACUGAUAAAUUGCAAGAGUUUGUGAGUUAUGAGUUCCGUGUAACAUCAGAGAAUAAAGCUGGCAAGAGUAAGCCUUCUUCACCAUCAAAUGCAAUACAAUUAGGCGUUCCACUCGAAUUUAUACGACCACUAACUGACUUGACUGUUGACAAAGUAACCAAUGAACCAGUCAUCCUUGAGUGUGAACUAUCUCGUACUCCUCGUGAUAAAGUACAAUGGUUGAAGGAUGGGAAACCUAUUGGUCGUCUACCAGACCGUGUGACAAUUGAGGAGUUGGAGAAUGGGAAAAUCCAUCGUGUGAAGUUCACUUCAUUAAUGGAUGAUGAUUUGGGUGUAUAUAGUUUACGUGUUGAGAAGUUAUCUAGUGAAUGUCGACUAGAUAUGAAAGUCCCACCAACAUUGAGAUUAUCCGAUUCGUUCUCCGAUCGGGUGAUCAUCAAGGCUGGAGGUGCCAUGGUGUUCGAAAUACCAUUCACUGCCAGUCCUAAACCAAAAGUCGAAUGGACAUGGAGACAGCGAAGUCGACCAGAUGGUGAAUUGGGACCGGUACAAAGUCCACGAUUUAAGGCUGACGUGGUGUCGGGAUUGACGUCAUUGCCUGUGAGUAAGGUGAAGCGUGAGGAUGCCGGUGACUACACAGUGGUGAUCAGUAACGAGUUGGGUGAAGUGUCUGUGACGAUUCAGAUGAUUGUGAUUGACAAGCCAUCUGUACCUCGUGAUCUGGAGGUGAGUGAGAACAGUGGUGAGAGUGUGUUGUUGAGUUGGAAGGAGCCCGAAUUCGUUGGUUUGUCCACAACGAUGACGACGACGACGGAUGUGAAUGUGAGUGGUGUUGGUGGAUUGUUGGAGUAUGUGGUUGAGAUGCGUGAGUCUAGUCAACGUGCUGGUCGUGGAGUGAGCAAAACGAGUGAAUUGAGUGUGAGGAUUGACGAUCUUCAGAUCAACAAGUCGUAUGUGUUUAGUGUUGCAGCGAAGAAUGAUGUUGGUCAAUCAGAGUUUGCAGAAACGAAACCAGUUUCAACUAAAUUAGAUUAUGGUCCACCAUUGAGUCCAGUCAAUGUGAAGGCAGUCGUCAAUCCACCGAAGGCCUCCAUCAAAGAUCAAACGAUAGAAUUGACGUGGGAACAACCAACCGACCAAGUGUCUGCCAGUGGACCGGUCACAAACUUCUACAUCGAAUUGAAGCCUGAAGAUUCAACUCGAUGGCAGGACGUGAGUGCCGACUUCACAAUCACUGAACCACACUUCACACUUCCUACUGAUAAAUUGCAAGAGUUUGUGAGUUAUGAGUUCCGUGUAACAUCAGAGAAUAAAGCUGGCAAGAGUAAACCUUCUUCACCAUCGAACGCUGUUCAACUAGGUAUUCCACUAGAAUUUAUUCGUCCGUUGAUUGAUGUAACUGUAAAUGAGGUUGAUGAAAAACCAGUUGUAUUGGAAUGUGAAUUAUCUCGUUCACCACGUGAUAAGGUACAAUGGUUAAAAGAUGGUAAAUCUCUAAGCCGUUUACCAAACUAUGUAUCAGUUGAAGAAUCAAGUGACAAAAAAAUUCACUCUAUUAAGUUCCGCUCCUUAACUGAUGAUGAUUUGGGCGUCUAUACGAUAAAAGUAGAAAAGUUAUCAAGUGAGGCGAAACUUUCAAUGAAAAUUCCACCAACAUUGAGAUUAUCCGAUUCGUUCUCCGAUCGAGUGAUCAUCAAGGCUGGAGGUGCCAUGGUGUUCGAAAUACCAUUCACUGCCAGUCCUAAACCAAAAGUCGAAUGGACAUGGAGACAGCGAAGUCGACCAGAUGGUGAAUUGGGACCGGUACAAAGUCCACGAUUUAAGGCUGACGUGGUGUCGGGAUUGACGUCAUUGCCUGUGAGUAAGGUGAAGCGUGAGGAUGCCGGUGACUACACAGUGGUGAUCAGUAACGAGUUGGGUGAAGUGUCUGUGACGAUUCAGAUGAUUGUGAUUGACAAGCCAUCUGUACCUCGUGAUUUGGAGGUGAGUGAGAACAGUGGUGAGAGUGUGUUGUUGAGUUGGAAGGAGCCUGAAUUCGUUGGUUUGUCCACAACGAUGACGACGACGACGACGGAUGUGAGUGUGAGUGGUGCUGGUGGAUUGUUGGAGUAUGUGGUUGAGAUGCGUGAGUCUAGUCAACGUGCUGGUCGUGGAGUGAGCAAAACGAGUGAAUUGAGUGUGAGGAUUGACGAUCUUCAGAUCAACAAGUCGUAUGUGUUUAGUGUUGCAGCGAAGAAUGAUGUUGGUCAAUCAGAGUUUGCAGAAACGAAACCAGUUUCAACUAAAUUAGAUUAUGGACCUCCAACUCAUCCAUUGAAUGUUACUGCAUCUGUAUCUCCAUCAUGUGCUGAACCCGAAGAUCAAAUGAUAACAGUGAAUUGGUCCGAACCUGAAACAGCAACAAAAACAACAUCUACUGGAUCAUCUCCACUUUAUUACACUGUAGAGUAUAGAGUAGAUGAAGGACGUGUCUGGAAUAAAUUAAUCUGUGGUAAAGAAGUUACUGGUAUGAAAUUAGAUUUUCCUCCAAUUAAAGAAAAUUUGAGCGCUGGUAAAUCAUAUGACUUCAGAGUUAUAGCUGUAAAUAAAGCUGGUACAAGUGAACCAUCAAAACCAUCGAAUUCAAUCCAACUAGGUAUAGUACUUGAAUUUAUACGUCAAUUAGAAGAUUUAAUUAUAACUAACAUUGAACCAAUUGAAUAUAAAUUAGAAUGUGAAUUAUCACGUAAACCAAGAACAAUGAUAGCUUGGACAAAAGAUAAUAAACCAUUAAUUAUAAGACCAGAUGAUACUCAUAUGAAAUUUAUUGAUCAAGGCACAAUUCAAUCAAUUCAUUUUACACAUUUAAUGGAUACAGAUAUUGGUGAUUAUGCAAUACAAGUAGAGAAUAUUUCAUCAAAAUGUAAAUUAGAAAUUAAAGCUCCACCAACAAUUCGAAUAUCUGAUCAAUUUGAAGAUCAUAUUACUUUAAAGGCUGGUAGUUCAAAAAUUCUAGAAAUUCCAUUUAUAUCUUCACCAAAACCUAAAAUUAAAUGGACAUGGGCGCCAAGUACUGACUUGACUCAAGAACAAACCCCUAGAUUUAAACCGGAUAUAGUUGCUGGUUUAACUACAUUACCUUUAAGUCGAGUGAAACGUGAAGAUAGUGGAGCAUAUAAAGUUAAAAUAUCAAAUGAUCUUGGUGAAAUUUUCAUAACAAUUCAUGUCAUUGUUAUUGAUAAACCAUCUCCACCAAGAAAUCUUACAAUAACUGAUGCUACAGAAAAAUCAGUCAUGUUUAAUUGGGAUCUACCAGUUAAUGUAAAUGAAAAUGAAUCUUUAGAAUAUGUUGUUAAUUAUCGAGAUGCAACCAAAUAUUCAAGUCAACCAAUUAAUGUUUGUGUAACAAAGGAAUUGAAAACAUUUAUAGAUGGUCUUAAACUGGGAUCUCAAUAUAUAUUCUCAGUUUGUGCACGAAAUGAAGUUGGUGAUUCCGCCUUUGCUGAAAGUCAGGCAUUCUUAAUGAAGUAUUCUUUUGACCCACCUGAAGCUCCAGGAAUACCUCAGGUUACUAUAUUAGAAAGUGGUCACGUUUCACUGGAAUGGACACCUCCUUCAUCAGACGGUGGUUCUCCCAUCACAGAGUAUUUCAUUGAAAGCAUGGAUGAACGUCCAGUUGUAAAAGGUCAGCGCCGUACAUCGACCUAUGGUUCUCGAGCACAGUGGAAUUCACUAACUUCAGGAAUCAUAUUUGAACCUAAUGUUCAACCGAAAGCUUCAGUAACUGGUUUGUCUCCUGAUAAACAAUAUACAUUCCGUGUAUGUGCUAUUAAUAAAGCUGGUAAAGGGCCAUUUAGUCCACCAUCAGAAUCUUGUUUACCCUUGAUGAAACCUCCUAAAGUUCCUGGAAAACCUGGUCCUAUAACCGUCGAACCUUUAAACGAAACAAGCAUCAAUUUAAGUUGGACACCUGGUACUGUAAACGAAGACUUUGGACCAGCUGAUUAUUAUAUAAUUGAAGCUUGUGAAGAUGAUGGUAGUGACUGGAAAGAAGUUGGAAAGACAACCAAGCCAGAUGAUUGUAACUUGAACGUGAACAAUCUAGAUAGUUCAACACGUUAUCAAUUCCGUGUUCGUGGAGUGAAUAAAGAAGGUGUCGGUGAACCAUCAAAACCAUCAGAAAGGAUUUGUUUAAAGAAAGAUGCUCCAUUAGUUAUAACUAAAGAAUUAGAAUCAAUUCAUUUGAAUGAAAUUCCACAAACAAUUGAAUAUGAAUGUCAUCUUUCUAAAUUACCACAAAAAGUUCAAUGGUUCUAUAAUAAUAAACGUUUAGAUACAUCAAAUUUACGUAAAUAUCGUUUUAUUGAUGAUGGUAAAAUACAAAAAUUAGAAGUAUUAAAAAUUACAUUAGAUGAUGUUGGUGAAUAUUCUAUUAAAAUUGAUAAAUUAGAAUCAAAGGCAACAUUUGAAAUUGAUUUACCACCUAAACUCUGUCUACCAGAUGAUUUCUCUGAUACAAUCAUACUUGCUCAGGGAAAUAAUCGUAAUAUAGAGAUACCAUUUACUUCUUGUCCACCUGCUACCAGUAUUGUUUGGUAUUGGAAUGGUAGUCGUACUUUGCCUGAUCCAACAAAACGAACUGUUCCAGAUAAUGAUUCAAAGUCUCAAGCGCUACUUCGUCUUACUGCAGUACAAGUUUCUGAUGCUGGAAUUUAUGAAGCUAUUAUCACUAAUCCAUAUGGAGAAGCUAAAGCAACCAUAACAUUGAAAGUUCUUGGAGUCCCUGGUGCAGUAACAUCAUUGGAAGCACAUGUUGAGUCACCUACAGAAGUAUCUGUUUUAUGGAAACCACCUGAAGAUGAUGGCGGUAGCCCAUUGACAGGAUAUAAAGUUGAACAACGUCAAUUGGCUCCUGAACCUGGAGGUGUUUUACGUUCUCAGGCUAAGGAGUGGAAGUCAAUUGCAAAUGUUAGUUCGAAAUCAAAAACAUCUAACGAUGAAGAACCAUUUGUACAUCGUAUCACAGGGUUAACUGAAGGAGCCACUUAUUUGUUUGGUGUUUCUGCAGUUAAUGAUUGCGGAAGUGGACCAAGGAAAGAAAUUACCGAUGGCUUAAUAAUGAAAUCUCCUUAUGAUAUUCCGGAAAUUCCAAAACAACUUACUGCUAAACCAAUAAAUCAUUCCACUAUUGAAUUAGAAUUCAAACUACCAGUCACUCAUGUGGAAGCGCCUUUAACUAGUGUAAUUGUUGAAUAUCGUCCUAAAAGUGUAUCAAGAUGGAAAACCCAAACAUUUGAACCAUGUUCUAUAGUACAAAUUGAUAAACUUGAAGCAAAUACAGAAUAUGAAUUUCGUGUAAGUUGUACUAAUUUGGCUGGUAAAAGUGAAUCAUCAAAUCCUGUUAAAGCUAAAACAAAACAAUUGCCAAAACCUCCUGAUGCUCCGAAGCUUGACAAUGUUACACCAGUCAAUACAAACUCAGUAAAAGUCAAUUGGUUUUCUCCAACAAAUGAUGGUGACAGUCCAAUUACAUCAUAUCAAAUAGAGAUGUGCGAUGCUAAAAAUGGCACUGAAGUAUGGAAACCAAUUGAUGCUUUAAACAUAGAUCGUACGGAUCAAAGUUUACUAUCUCCAGACGAACAAAAGUCAUAUGAGUUGAUUGUGAAAAAUUUAGACAAUUCCAAAUCUUUCAAAUUUCGUGUUAUUGCUGUGAAUAGUAUAGGACCAGGUAAACCGUCUAGAAGUUCACAACCUGUUACACCUGGAAUUGAAGUCAAUAUUAUUCGACCAUUGAAUAAUGUUUGUUUUGAUGAAAUUCCAAAAUCUGGAACAAAAGUUGAAUUAGAAUGUGAAUUAAGUCAAUCUAAUUGUCGAGUAAAUUGGUUAUAUAAUGGAAAACCAAUUGUAUUGGGCAAGAAAUAUGAUUUCUCUCCAGAAGGAAAUGUUUAUCGAUUAAUCAUUAAUGAUAUAACACUUGAAGAUAUGGGAGUUUAUGAACUGAAUUAUAAGAAGUUAAAAACACAAUGUAAAGUAGAAGCUAAAAUUCCACCAACACUUCUUGAAGAUACUGAAGAAAGUCAUACACGUCGUAUUAAUGUUGGUUCAAAUUGUGUAUUUGAAGUACCAUUUAAAGCUUAUCCAAAACCUACUAUAAAAUGGCUUGCUCAAAAUAUACCUAUUACUGAUAAAACAAAACGUUAUCAAGUUAAUAUAGUAGCUGGUUUAACAUCAUUAUCUAUACAACGUGUACAAAAAGAUGAUACUGGUCAAUUAGUUGUUAUCAUUGAAAAUGAACAUGGGAAAUUAACAUGGAAAUGUGAACUAAUUGUUAUUGAUAAACCAAAACCAGUUGAAAAUUUAACUGUUGAACCAAGUAUAGAUCGACUUCAUAUGGUAAUGAAUUGGAAACCACCACGUAAAGAUUUAAACAAUCCAAUAACACAUUAUGAAUUAGAAUAUCGUAAUUCAAAAAAUCGUUCAUGGCAAACAUUUAAAAAUGGUCCAUUAGAUAUAGAUGAUUUAUAUAAAAUACCUAAUAAUUUAACAAAAUUUGAAAUAAAAAUUACAGAAAAAGAAACGGCGAAUAGUUUAGCACCGAAUACAGAUUAUUAUUUUCGUAUAAUAGUUGUUAAUGAAGUUGGAAAAAGUGAACCAACUGAAACACGUUCAUUCAUUAAAACACCAUCAUUACCAAAACCACCGAAAUUAAAGUAUGAUAAAACUUUGGAAACGUGUAAAACAAGCACUGGACAAAAGCAUUCUAUACCCGUUACUGUAGAAGGUGAACCAUCUCCACAAAUAGAUUGGAAAUUUGUUCCUGACGGUCAUCCAAGUGAUGAGAGAAAUUCACUUCCUAGUGAUGCACAAACAGAAGCAUCCGCUCCUGACCAAGAUGGUGUGAAUAAAAUUGCAUUGAAAUUCCGAAAAAUAUCACGAUCAUGUGACGGCACAUAUAUUUUAACAGCUGUAAAUAAUUGUGGUGAAGCUCGUGCUGAAUUUCAUGUGACUGUGUUGGGUCUACCAAGUGCACCACAGAAUCUUAUUGCAACAAAUCUGUCAAAAACUUCCAUUCGUCUAAAUUGGUCACCACCUACUGAUACUGGAGGUAGUCAAAUAUUGAAUUACGUCAUAGAACAAGCUGUAGUUAAAAGUAAUUUGGCUACACCAUCUAGUGUAGGUUAUUGGGAACCUGUAACACGUAAUCUUCCAGUACAUGAAGCAUCUGACGGUUCUACGGGAUAUAUUUAUGAUAUUAUUAAUUUGGCAUCAGAAAAAUAUAUGCUUUUUAGGGUAGCAGCUCAAAAUAAACAAGGAAUUGGUGAAUUUGAAGCUAUUAAAAGUCCUCUUUUAGUUACAUCUCCACACAAUUUACCCGGACCACCAAAAGAUUUAAAUGGUACAACUGAUAAAGAUGGACAAGUUCAUUUAGAAUGGAAACCUCCACAACAUGAUGGUGGUGCUAAAAUUAUGAAUUAUAUCAUAGAAAAAUGUUUAUCAUUAAAAGAUGCUAAUUGGUCUGAGAUUAAACUUCCUGAUUCACCUAAUACAAUGCGAAUUAUACCAAAUCUUAGAGAUGGUAUCUGCUACUUCCGUGUAUCAGCUGUCAAUGAUGCUGGAAAAGGUUCACCAUCUAAUAUCAUAGAUGUAGAUGUUAAAAAAGGUUCUGAUAAACCUGACCAACCAGGUCAACCAACUGUUGAAGUAAUUGCAGAUGGUGCUGUUCAACUGCGUUGGUCACAACCAUUGAAUGAAGGUACUGGUGGACCGAUAAAAGGCUAUGAAGUACAAAUUUGUGAAGUUGGUUCAAUUAAAUGGAAACCUUCUUCAUCAGAUUUAUGCUCAGUGAAUGAAAUUCGUUUAACUGGAUUAAAUCCAGCACAAGAUUAUUUGUUUAGAGUAAUUGCAGUUAAUGAUGCUGGGUUAAGUUUACCUUCUGAACCCAGUAGACCUAUUCGUCCAGCUACUGAUGUGGAUUUCGUUCGUCAGUUGGAGAAUCAAUCUAUUACAGAGUUACCAUCUGAUGUUGUAUUUGAAUGUGAACUCUCUCGACCUGGUAUGACAUUGAUAUGGUCUAAAGAUGGACGUGAUCUAAAUUUAUCAUCACGAUGUGUGUAUAGCGUUAUUGGAGAAGGUGAUAAAGCUCUUUGUAUUCAUCGACUAACUCUUAUAAAGGUUAGUCCAGAUGAACAAGGUGUAUACAGUGCGAGAUUAGUAACUGGGAAAAAAACUGAAGCUAUAUUGACGAUUGAAUGCCCACCAAAAAUACUUUAUGAUGGACCGUUAGAACUACAAUUACUCAGUGGCAAAAGUACAGUGAUUGAAGUACCAUAUACUGGUGCACCAUUCCCAGACGUUAAUUGGUCAUUUAAUCAUGGACCAUUACCGAUCGGAGCAAAACGUGAAUCUCCUAUUGCGUCAGUAGAUACAGUAUAUGGAUUAACAUGUUUGCGUCUGCGUCACGUUACAGGAGAAAUUACUGGAAAUUACAAACUUCUGAUAAGUAAUGAGCUGGGAAAGGCAACGUUAGAACUUAUUGUGAAAGUACUAGAUGUUCCAGGACCUGUACGUCAAUUGAAGGCAACAGUUCAAAACCAAGCGUCUGGUACUGCAUUAGUUACAUGGCAAGCACCAAAAGAGGAAGGUGGUUCACCAAUAAUUGGUUAUCUUGUCGAAAAACGUGAAGCGAAUAAACGUAGUUGGACACCAUUUGGCUCUCAAGUUAAAGAAUUAAGCUGUGUCGUUGAUGGUUUGACAACUAAUACAGGUUAUUUCUUCAGAGUUAUGGCUCAAAAUAUAUCAGGUUGCUCUGAGCCAACAGAAACCGAUAUAGCAGUGGUGAUACCAUGUUUAACAAAACCUCCAUCGGCUCCAGGGACACCAGAAGCAAGUGAUAUUGGUACGGAUUCAUGUCGAGUCAGUUGGGAACCACCCAGUUCAGAUGGUGGUGCUCGACUGACAUUUUAUCAUUUAGAGAAAAGAGCAAAUCUUAAAGGUAAUUGGGUAAGAGCUUGUGCGGAUAAAUUACCUAUUUUGACGAAUGAAGUAAAAUCUACCUAUGUGACAAAAGUAACUGGGCUUGUACCAGAUAAUGUCUACGAAUUUCGUGUAGCAGCUGAAAAUGCUGAUUUUAUGGUUGGUGAAUACUCCAAUUCAAGUCAUAGAAUUUCAACUCAGCUACCAUUCUCUGUACCCGGUAAACCAUCAAGACCUGAAAUUCAGAAUAUUACAGAAACAACUAUUGGUUUAGCCUGGAAAGCACCAUAUGAUGAUGGAGGAGAUUCAGUAAAAAAAUAUGUUGUUCAAUAUAAAACUACAUCAUCAAGUGAAUGGAAAACAGUUAGUGAAAUGCCAGUCGAUCUGGAAUUUACUGUAGCUCAUUUACAAUCAGAUGAACAAUAUGAGUUCCGUGUAGCAGCUAUCAAUUCAGCUGGUCAAGGACCAUGGUCUGAUACAUCGGAACCAUGUAAUCCAGCUAAAGCGAUCGAAUCUUCUAAACCUUCAUUAGUCAAUCCUUUAAGUAAUGUAACAGUAUUGGUUGGUCAAUCAGUUGAAUUAAAUUGUGAUUUUCAAUUAGGUGAACCAAAAGGAAAUGUUACUUGGUUUAAAGACGGUAAACCAAUAAGAAGUCAAGUCAAGUAUUCAACAAGUUCAGCAUGGGAACGCAGGGCUAAUUUAAAAAUAAAUCGUACUAAAUUAGAAGAUGCUGGUGUAUUUAGUUGUGUAGCAGAGAAUCCAUCGGGUAAAGUUGAAACAACAUGUCGUGUAAUUGUAGCUCAAAAACCUAUUUUAAAUCUUGAAUUAGACAAAUCUGCAUCAAGUAAUGUAACUGGAAUUUUAAGUAAAUCAGAUCACUUAACUGGUCGAGUCGGUGGCUGUUUAGCACUGAAAGCUACUUGUGAAGCUUUUCCAGAUUGUGAAGCUAUAGUAUGGUUUAUCAAUGGAAAACAAAUUGAUUCAAGUUUAGAUUCAGAAUUAUUAUCUCGUGUAAUAAUUAAUGAUACACCUACAAGUCGAAUUUCAAAUGUACCUAAACCUCAAGUUUCCAUACUAACUAUCAGUAAUCUACAUCUUUCGGAUGCUGGUGAAUAUGGAUGCAGUUCAGUAAAUGAAGUAGGAACUGCUCAAUCUGCUAUAAAAUUAAUUUUAAACGAUCGUCCACAACCACCAAUGUCUAUUGAAGUAACUGAAACUCGUGGUCAAGACUGGAUAGAGGUUAAAUGGGAAAGACCAUCUAGUGAUGGUGGUUCAAAAUUAACACGAUAUAUUAUUGAACGUCGUGUUAUUGCUACUUCUACUUCUAGAGAUCAACCUACAUCAAUUCAUGAAACAAAUUGGUCUAAUGUUGGUCAAGCUGGACCAUAUGAUGAUCAUUUACGAAUACAAAAUUGUAAACCUGGGACAGUUUAUUCAUUCCGUAUUUUUGCUGAGAAUGAAAUUGGUAUGAGUGAUCCAACAGAAAUUGAAUCACCUUAUCAAAUGAAACUAUAUACAGAUUUACCUUUACCCCCGACUCAUAUCACAGCAGAACGUUCAUCGCCAAGAGAAGCUAAAAUUCAGUGGCGUCCACCUAUUAGUGAUGAUGGUGAUUCUAUUCAAGGUUAUAUGGUUGAAUUGCGUGAAACACCAGAUCCAAAAGAUCAAUAUACAUCAAGAUGGACACAAGCCAGUCCGAAAUUAAUACGAUCCGGCACUACCUUAAAAGUUGAUGAUUUACAUCCUGAUAUGUUUGUUCAAUUCAGAGUUCGUGCUCGUAAUCUAGUUGGAUUUAGUGAACCAUCUGAACCAUCUGAUUGGAUUGAGCCUAUAGUAAAAAAAUCCCGUGAAAGUAUAGAUGAAUCGACGCGCAAAAAAGAUGACACUACGAAAUUACCUAAAGAUGAUAAAUCACCUUUGGAUAUUGUACAAGAAAUAAUUGCACUUAAAGAAGCUAGUCGUCCGAAGAAAAUAAUUGAUAAAGAUGCACCUCGAAUACAGCUUAUUAAUGAAGAUACUUAUCGUUUAAGACCAGGAAAUAAUUUACGUGUCGGUGUACAUCUUGAUUCUGUUUCCAAAGCUAAUGUAGAACUUUUAACAGCAAGUGGCCAACCAUUACUUGGGAAUGCACUUGGAAGAACUCGUAUAGAACAAUUUGGAGAUGAUUUCUAUGUGAAUUUACGUAACAUUAAUCUGUCUGAUGCAGGUACUUAUUGUAUAAAAGCAAUAAAUACAGCAGGUGAAAGUAACCAAUUAAUCCAUUUAAUUGUUCUCACUGAACCACUUCCACCGAAAUCUCCAUUAACAGCUAAAGUAAUUGAAAGUCCUAAAGGAUACUCUGAAGGUGCAACAGUUGAAUUAACAUGGGGACCAUCACCAUUACGUUAUGGGGAAUCACCAGAACUUACUUCACCAAUAUUAGGAUAUUGCAUUGAACGACGUGAAGGUCAACGUCGACAACAAUUUAAUUAUCCUAUUCGUUUGGUUGGUUCAGAUAAAUUAUCUGUAAAAAUACCAGAUUUGAAACCAGGAAUUGAGUAUGUAUUCCGUGUCAGUUCAUAUAAUGAUGUAGGAUCAAGUGAACCAACUUAUUCAGAACCACUUAUCAUUAAAUCUCCAUAUGGUGUUCCUGAUGCACCUAAAGGUCCUUUAGUUUGUUCUGAUCUAACGGAUUCCUCAUUGAAACUUACUUGGUUACCACCUGAAGACAAUGGUGGUCUACCUGUGAAAAGAUAUUAUAUUGAAAUGAAAGAUGUUGGUAAUCCUGCUGGAUGGAUACCUUUGGGUACUGUAUCAGCAGAUGCUACUUCUUAUCUGGUUAGUGGAUUACAGCAAGGAUUCGCUUAUCGAUUUCGCGUGCGGGUUGCUAAUGAUGAAGGGCUUAGUGACUGGUUAGAAACAGACAAAUCUAUAUCUUUCCGUCGCCCAGUUACAAAACCAUCUCAGCCUGAGGGACCUUUACGAAUGCUGCCAGAUGGAGAUAGAGCCGUCCGUUUAACUUGGAAUGCUCCGCUAGACGACGGUGGAUCUCCAAUUAGAGAUUUCAUAGUUGAAUUAUGCCUCGAUAGAUCGGGAGAACAUUGGCAACCUAUUGGUGAAGUGCGUGGAUUAAACAAACGAAUUGAAAAUCUUAUUCCAGAUGGCAUUUAUAGUUUUCGCGUCAGUGCUCGUAAUGAAGACGAUAAAGUCGGUCCACCUCUCUAUUCAGAAAUCUACAAACCAGGUGCGCCUAUGACACCACCUGGCCAACCGGUUGGUCCACUAAAAGCCACAUGUAUCGGAAUCGGUCAAGUGAAAUUGGAAUGGAAACCUCCAAUAGUCGGUGGUCAAAGUGGUUGUGGAGUUCCUGAUGAGUAUUUAAUUGAACGCUAUGAACAAAAGAAAGCACGUUGGGCGUACGUAACUCGUCAAAGUGCUUCAACUGGGACAACUGUAGUAGUCUCUAACUUGCAGCCGGGUUCCGAAUGCCAGUUUCGUGUACGGGCUGAAAAUAGAGCAGGGUCUGGUCCUUUCCUCGAAUCUGAUCGUCCAAUUACAGUCAUUAGUCCAUUUAAUCCACCUGGUCCACCUGAAGGUCCAAUUAAUAUCUCAGAAGUUCAAAUGGGUGCUAGUCGAGCGGACUGUUCGGCUCGUAUUUCUUGGAGACCUCCGUUAGAUACAGGUGGCUUACCACUUAUUCGUUAUGUGCUACAAAUGCGUUAUGCUAAUACUCCAGGUUGGCAUAGAGUGACGGGGCUUCAACGGACAAUUAGUACGGAUAAAAUAAGUGAUAAAUUAGACACUGCAAAAAUAGAUUUGGCUACUACUUCACUUGUAACUGGUUUAAUGCAAGGUCAACGCUAUAUUUUCCGAGUUGCUGCUGUUAAUGAAGUCGGAACAGGUGCAUUUUUAGAAUCCGAAACAUUUGAAAUGCCUGAAGAUGAUAGCUGUAAACCUAAAGCAGACUGGGUUCGUAUUGCUGGAAAAUCAGCUGAUAGUAUAACUGUAGAAUGGCUUGUCCCACACGAUUGUCGUCACGACCAUGGACCUAAUCGAGCUCAUCACCUAGCUAUUGAUGGUUUUCGUGUGUUCGUUAGACCAGCAACAACACCUCAGCCAAGCAAUAUAUCUCAAUGGCAACAAGUUGCUGAAUUAGACCACUAUCUUAAUCGUCUGGUUGUAGGAAAUUUAAAACCAAACCAAUUUUAUUAUUUUGGUGUGGCUGCUGUGAAUCAGUCAGGUCAAGGUGAAAUCAUUUCUACUAAAGAACCUGUUUGUCCAGAAGCUAUUACAACUGUACCAAGUCAACCUAUAGGACCAUUACAAGUAUCUAAUAUAACAGAUAAUAGUUGUCAAUUAUCAUGGUUAAGUCCUGCAAGUGAUGGUGGCAGUCCAAUAUUAGGUUACAGAAUAUAUAAACGGGAAAUGUAUCGACGCAGUUGGCAAGAGAUUGGACGUAUAACUGAACUAUCUGGGUUGACUAGUUCAAGACAAUUACAAUUUCAAGUACAAUAUUUAAUGCAUGGUACUGCUUAUGAAUUUCGUGUUGUAGCUGAAAAUAAGAAUGGUUUAUCUGAACCAUUAGAUACACAAGCACAAGUGCAUCCAGCCAAAGAGACUAGUGUCCCAGGACCACCGAGAGGACCAUUACGUGUGCGUGAAGUUCCUGAUAAUAUUGGAACACUAGAGUUGACUUGGUCACCACCAUAUGAGUUAGGAGGAUUACCUAUACUUGGCUAUCAAUUAGAAAUACGUCAAGGACGUUCAUUUAACUGGAAACCAUAUCCUUCAUCGAAUGAACUUGUUGCUUAUGGACCUGAAUCUAAAUUUCAACCGUCUCACAUUAUUACCGAUAUACAACCAAAUAAAGAGUACUUUUUCCGGGUGUCAGCUGUCAAUAAAGAAGGAGUUGGUUUACCACUUACUGCUGAUGAUAGUUACGUGAAAUCUAUAAACUUAGCUCCACCAAAACUUGUAAUGGGUCGUCGAAUUCCCCCCGAUGAAGCUGAAGAUCAGAGUCAUGAGAAACCAAUACUACAAGUUUCUUGGGAAUGGACUCCACUAAUGGCAUAUGAACCACAACCAAUAGGUUUUCAAGUGGAACGACUUGAUAUUGCAUCUCGAGGUGGGAAAUGGGAAUCGAUUGAUUUUAUUCCUAUCAAUGAUCGUACACAAAGAAAUUAUACUCACCAGUCCAUUUCACCAAGUCAUGAUGGAAGUUAUAAGUUUAGAGUAUCCACUGUAUACAAUGAAGGUGCUAGCCAACCGGUUGAGACGGGCGUUGUAUUGGCUAGUCUUCCGACAAUAAGACGAUCUGAUUCGACAACGCCCGGUCACUAUGUACCUCCCGUUCCAUCUGUUUUGCUCAAAUCUGAUAGUAAACUAGGUUAUGAACUUGAGUGGGAGGCUCCAGAAGGUCAAGGUGCUGAAGACAUUAGAGGGUAUACGUUGGAAGAUUGGGAUUCAAGGAAACAGAAGUGGGCACCAUUAAUAGAAAUACCAGUAAGUGCGCCUCGGCAGUUAGUUUUGGCUGCAUCACGCACACCUGACAAGGACUAUAAAAUGAGAAUUAUCAGCCAUGGGAAAACUGGCAAGUCUAUUCCAACGGAAUUUGGACUAUAUCGGAGUCCUAUUGAGUCAAUCUCAUCUAGGCCUCCAUCUAGAUCAUGGACAACACUACCGAGUACAUCAGGUCUUCCAAUGUCUACGACGUCCCAUGAUAAAACUCGUCCACGAGCAGAUAUUGACGAUGAUUUUGAUUUGGAAUUGGCCAUGAUUACUGGAGUUGAACCUGGUUCUGACGAAGUAAAUGAGUUCAUUCGCUCAAGACGUCAAAUGGUUCAAGAUAUGACGCAACGCAUGAUUACACCAUCAUCCCUAGGGAGACUUAGCUCAUUAGAAAAAGGAAGACUGGAUCUAGAUCGCACUGACAGUUCACUAUAUUCGACUGGAAGGUUGACUUCUCAGUUAAGUAUUUCUUCCCCAGCCGGUCUGUAUAUUUCAGAUCAACUAAGAGGAGAAAUAGUAGGUCCAACAUCUGUUCAUCUCAUUUGGCCUGAACCAAGUGGGUGGUUAGCUCCAGACAAAAUAGCUUUUUAUGACAUUCAGAAGUGGGAACCUGCUCAUUCUAAAUGGGUUUCUAUUGCCAAGGCUCCGUCUAAAGUUACAGACUACAUUUUAACUGGUCUCCGGUCGAAUGAUGAGAGCGGAUGGUGGUUCCGUGUAGUGCCUUCAAGCCGUGAUGCAGAAUCGAUUGGGGCACCUUAUCAAAUGGCUAAACCUCUUUAUCCAAGAUCUCAGCAUGCUACAGUUCCUUCUUCUGUUUGGGGUGUAGAAAUUUCUCCUGUUUUUGGUUUACAUAAGACAGAUCAGCGAACAAUUCAAGUUAACUGGAUGAAACCUAGCAAUGAUGGUGGUUCUGAUGUACUUGGUUAUCGUUUACUAAUUUAUGAUGCCGAUACUGGUGAUGAACAAGAGAUAAUUGUUUCUCCAAAAUUUUUAACUUCUAAAAUUGACUCUUUAGAAGCCUUUCAUGUUUAUAGAAUUACAAUUACUGCAUUUAAUCGUAUUGGUGAUUCUAUACCAGUUACUUCAACUGUACCAUUACAUCGUGAAACACCUGGCCUACCAUCCCUACCUUUACCACCCAGUGAUUUUCGAGCUGUUUUGACAGAUCAUUUUAACAAAGAAUAUUCCAGUUGUAUUCUGUCAUGGAAACCUCCAUCAUUACUUCCAUCAUCACCUAUAGAUUUUUAUGUUAUUGAAAAAUGGAGUUCACAAUCUAAACAAUGGAUUCCAUUUAAAAAAGUUCCGUAUGAUUUGUAUGAAAUUGAAAUUACUCAUUUACUUGAUGAUGUAGAUUAUGGUUUUAGAAUAAGAUCACAAAAUGUCGCUGGCUUAAGCGAACCAUUAUGCUUAAACACUCAUAUUCGACCAAAUUUAGUCAAAGAAAAAGAUACUAAAGCGUUACCACCACCAGCUCCUGGAGCUCCAUUAGAAUUAAAACAACUUCAUACUAAUCAAAGUAUAUCAAAGUUAAAGGCAGUGACAGAGACUGCUAACCGUGUGAUGGAACUCUGCUGGAGUCAACCUACCUUCUUAACAGAUGAUGUAGGUCCAGUUAGAGGUUAUGUUGUUGAGGCUAGAAGAAGAGGUCAGGAAAACUGGGCGCUACUUGGUCGGCUACCUUCUACAAGAGACAGACAUUGGAAUAUUGUAUUUGGUCCUCAAAUCGGUGAUUAUAAUAGGACUCCAACCCUACCUCUCCCUCGGCUACCCUCAAUUCUUACCGACUCUUCUGGCAAGUGGGAUAUGAGUUUGCCACAAACCUUUUCGAAAAGUUACCCAUCUCCAUCUAUGUUGCCAGGAGAACCAAAAGACUAUGAAUUUCGUUUAUAUUCAGAAAAUGAAUUUGGAGUAAGUGAACCAAUUUAUUUAAGACCCAAACUUAGAAGUCCUUCUUUGAUUUCUGAACCACAUUAUAAUAGGCAAUCAGCUCUUGAGUACUACGAGUUACCAACUUACAUAUCACCUCCAAGAGGACCAGUUCGUAUAGAAACCAGGCCGAAGUCUUCUUUAUAUCAUGACAGAAUCCAAAGCGAUAAAGAUGUCACACCAGAAGAUUUGAUUUUGCAUUGGAAGCCCCCUUAUGAUACAACUAACAUUUCUGGCUACGAAGUAGUUUACCGCACACCAUAUGAAAUGAAAUGGCAACCUAUAGGUAGGACAGAUUUAUCCGACACAAAUCUAAGAAUACCAAGUUCAUUAUUAAGUGAUUUUCCACAAACUGUUCAUGUUGGUGUACGUUCUGUUGGUGAUUAUAUUCCCGGAAUGACUGAACGUCCAUACUCUGAAACAAUUGAAGAAGUCUUGUCCGUUCCACAAAGUGUGUUUACAUCAUCAUCUUACCAACCUAAACCUUAUAAAACAGCAAAAGAUACAUUCAGUCUACGGGCUCCUUCAGAGGUUCGUGCCAGUGUUUUCAAAUACACUCCUGAAAAAGAUAGUCCCGAAGAAGUAGCCUUGGCAUGGCGCCCACCCAGUGUAAAAUCAGUGGGAAAACAUGGUUUGGAAAGUUUGCCAGAUUCUUAUUUAAUUUUAACUAGGGAGUUAGGUCAUUCUGAUUGGAAAGAAAUUCAAACUAUACCUAGCAAUAUCACCAACACCCAUAUUAGAGCAUCUUUGCUACCACAAGGUCGAGAUAUAUAUAUUGGUGUGGCGCCUGUUCGUGGUAUUCAAAUAGGACCAAUUAUGUCUACUUUAGAUACAAUAAAGUUAUCAGAACCUACAAGCCCGGGAAGGUUCUCUUCAAGAAGUUCUUUACCAUUCAUUUCAGCUGAGCCAUUGAUUGUUUUACCAGAAGGACCAGAUGCAAUACGGGUUCAAUGGAAACCUACAGAAGCGUUAAUUAGUAAAUUACCUCAAAAAGGAAUUUCAGAUUAUCGACUAGAAAUGAGACGCCCACAUGAAAUGGACUGGAAGCCUAUUCGAAUUCCAAAAUAUCUAGAUUCGUUGGAUGGAAUACUACCCAUUUCAAGUCCAAUAGAAUAUAGACUGGAUAAUCUAAAGCCAGGUGAACGUGUUGAAUUGCGCGUCGCUACUCGACCAACUCAUUCAGCCCCAUCGAUUCCUAUAACUGAUACCUUAUUUUAUCAGUUCAUUCCUCCUUAUGAUGUACCUUCAAAACCUAGAGGACCUUUAAUGAUUGAUAUAAUACCUACCUGUUCUCCAAUAUAUUCAAGAAGGCCAUCAUCUAGUCUAGAAAGGAUUGAAUCUCCGUUAUCAUUCUCAACACAUACAACACCACACUUGGACUCAAAAGGUAUUCAACUUAAAUGGCAUGCACCCAGUGACACAGGUGGUUUACCUGUCACAGAAUAUGUGAUAGAACGUCGUGGAGGUCCAGUGAAAAGUACCGCAAGUGAAUGGAUCCCCGUAUUAUCUGUUUCAGGAGAGACGACUUCAGCAGUGAUUCCAUUUCCAAGUACUCUGAGUAAUGUUUAUCCUUAUUCUUACCGUGUUCGAGCAGUCAAUCGUAUGGGUGCAAGCAGUCCAUUAGAAACUUUAAGACCAUUGGAUUUGGAGACAUCAAUGUCAGAUCAACCUAGCAGACCUUCUUCUCGUGUUAGUUACCGGCCACUACCACCCUCUGCACCAGCUGGACCCUUACGAUCAGAAUUUCUUCCUUUUGAUUCAGGUCUUCACCUAGAAUGGCAACAUCCUCAAAAGAGUUCUUACAAAUUAGAUGAAUCACUGUCUAUGCCAUCCUCAUACGUGAUCGAAGCUACUGAGGCUAGCAGACCAGAUGCACCUUGGAUCGAAGUUGGCCGUGUCCCUGGUACUGUAACAUCGGCUGACGUUCGAAUUCUGCCUACACCGUAUAGAAGCGAGUCGACGGAACGUCCAUAUACACCAAGCCCAUACCAUGUACCCCCUACUCUUCUAUAUCGAAUAAGGGGUGAAAAUGAAUUUGGUUUAAGUGCACCACUUGUGACAAGAAUUGAACCACAUGGUUAUUCUGUAUAUGAAUCCAAACCUGGGUUCGAGCAUCCAAAACUAAGCUCCGGUCGCCUUGAAACUCGUCUACUGCCAAUGUCAUCAGAAUUUCAACUGCCUCAGAUUGAAUUACGCUGGCCCCCUCUUGCUCCAGAAUACAGAAGACAAAGUUUCCCAUCAUCGGCUGAUCACCGACCUAUAACCCCGCUCGUAACACCAGAUAUAAGUUACCUUGUUCAAGUUAGAAAAGCUGAAGACAUUGGAUGGCAGACAUUGGCCACUUUACCAUACGGUCAAGAAACAUUUAUUUAUCACCCCAAAGUAGAAAAAGUACCUCAUAGACCACGGUCUAGUUUGGGCUCAGUCUACAAACUAGAAGAUAGACCAAUAUUUGAAGCUUACCAGUUCCGUGUAGCUCCAAGAAGUCAUUUCGGUGUUGGGAGAUUCAUAGAAUCGGAUGUGGUCAGCUGGAGUCCGUCUCAUUUGCAAGCUGGUGAUUAUAGAACAGUAAGCUUACCGGGACCUAUUUCAAUGGAACUUAUGGUUCCAUCUGUCCCUCAGCCAAUAAUACCUUCUCCUGAGCGUUUCCACUUGGUUGAUGUGUCUACCGAGUCAGCUGGUGAACGUAUGCAAAACAGAUUGGGAAGUGUAACACUAUCCUGGCAUCCUCCAGCGGGUAUGUCUUCUACCUUACGCUCCACUGCAGAUUUUGUCGUUGAAUCAUGGCGUCCAGACAAACAAGAAUGGUGGCCGAUAGCACGACGACCAGCUGCUAUCAGUGCUGAAUCUGUACCGGGUAAAUAUGAAAUAACCAUCGAUCGCUUACCACUCGGACAAACCUAUCAUUUUCGCGUUCUAACGGAAACAAAAGAUGGUCGAAGUGAACCAGUUAUUCUUCCACAACCUGUUUUCAUGCCACAAGUAGAUAAAGAAAAGAAAGCGAAACCAGCUCCACCUUCUCAUCUCAGAGUGUCAUUAUUAACUGGCAGUACAAAAGGUGCUUUGUUAACAUGGCUUCCACCAUCAACAGUAACAUUCUCAGGUCGACGUAGCAGUUUGUCAUUACGUUGUCCUCCAACUGGAUAUAUAUUAGAAUAUUGUACAUUACCAUCCACAGGAAAUGAACCAACUACUUGGAAACGUUUGGCAGUAUUGGAUGCUUGGGAAACAUCUUAUCAAACAACUGAUUUACAACAUGAAACUAGAUAUCUAUUUCGUAUAAUGUCUCGUGGACAGAUCACUGAUUCGCCACGUUCUGUAACACCAUCAAGGCUUGGAAAAAUUAGUCGAACUACAAUUGAUUCAAGCGUUCUUAGCGAACCAAUCCAUUCAGAAAUAUUUGAAAUGCCGAGAAAAACAAUUACUGUACCAAAAUUAACUGGUGAUUUAACAGUGAAAUCAACAACCAGUUUAUCUUCACUCUCACCAUCGGUUUCUUUACACUGGCAACCAAUUGACGAACCAUUAACAGGAUAUAUAGUAGAUUUAUAUGAUUUAAAAGAACCAACUGGUUGGAGAACAAUUACACGGAUUGAUACAACUGAAAUACGUCAUCCAUUCCAUGGUGUUACAGUAACAGGUCUUCUACCAGAUCAUUCUUAUCGAUUCCGUGUUAUACCAUAUAAAGAUGAUUUAUUUGGUCGACCAUUAGAAACUUUGAAAGCUUAUACUGUUCCAAAAGCAGUAGGACAUGAGGAUACUGAUUAUGAAUCAUUAAUUAUUCCUCCACCUAGGGGACCAUUAUACGUGGAACCGGUCGGUGGUGGUGUUUAUCGUUUAAGGUGGCAACCAGUGCAACUAGGAGGAUUAACUGACCUUAUGCAUAGACGUAAAUUAGAUGAGGAAAUUGAAUAUAUUAUUGAACAACAAACACCAAAUCGAAGAUUUUGGUUCGAAGUUGGCCGGACUCGUCUUACUGAUUAUGUAUUACCGAUUAACAGUGCUACAGUUAGAUUUCGUAUACGCUCAUCAUUAGCUGAUAUUUCGUCAAGUAUUGACAAACACACUAACUAUUCACUUUCAUAUGAUGGUCUCCUCUCCGAAUGGAUUCAUACAUCAGAUGACAGUUUACAGUACGAAAAUAUACCUCGCAUCGGAAGUCCGAAGAAACGAUUAUCUAGUGAUGAAGUUUUUGACAUUGGUCGAAUUGUUCCAGAUGGAUUACGCGUUCUUCAUGUUGGUCCAACUUCUGCCUUACUGGGAUGGAAUUCUCUUAGAAUAGAUGAGGAUACAUUACAUCCAUACUAUCUCAUUUUAGAGCGACGUAUUAUUAAUAAGUACAAACCAAGUGUUUGGGAGCCUGUAGCAAGAAUGCGCACUUCUGAUACAUCAUACGAAGUACAUGGUUUAUCUUCUGGUACAACAUAUGAUUUUCGUCUUGUUGGAAUUGAAGAAUCAACUAAAACUCGAAGUACAAAACACUGUCAACUUUCAAAACCAUUUACAACUCUUGGACAAAUUGAUUCACUUGAAGAUGAUAUGAAAAUAUUUUGGAUUGAUCAACCAAGAUCAUUUAAUGCUAUUAGUAAAAUUGAUGGAACUCAAGAAGGUAUUAUGUUAACAUGGAAAUCACCUGAAAUGCCUAAUCGUUUAGAUGAGAAAUUACUUUAUAGAAUUGAAGUAAGAGGUUUUAAUUUUUCAGGUGAACCAAUUACUAAUUGGACUAAAGUUAUUUCAGAAUUAAAAACAACACAAUAUUUUAUUAGUUAUAAUAAAUUAGAUAAUUUAUUUAGUCAAUCAUCUAAUUAUCAAUCUAGUAGUAUCUCAUCUAUAACUAGAAGAAGACAUAUAAGAUCAAUUGAUUUUGAUCAACAACAAUGGCAAUUUCGUGUAUUCGCUGAAUUGGAUAAUAAACAAAGUUUACCAGCUGUUACAAUAACACCAAUCACAUUAAUUCCUCAAGCCAAACGAAGUCCAUUACGUUUCAUCAAUUUGCGAGAUGAUCGCAUUAUUUAUGCUGUUCGUGGGCAAAAAUUAGUUUUGUCUGUAGAAGUUGAAGGAGAACCGAAACCAAAUGUCUUUUGGUAUUUAAAUCACAUACAAAUAGAUGAAAAAAUAUUACCUGGUUGUCGUGUGGCUCAAAUUGGUGUCGGUAUUUAUGAAUUGACUAUUGAACAAGUACAACCAAGUCAUGCUGGUUUCUUAGAAUGUCGUGUAUGGAAUAUUUAUGAGUCAAUAUCAGAAACAUGGGAAUUGAUAGUUUCAGCGGUGCCACGAUUCUGCCGACUUGGAUGGGCUGCACAACCUCAUGAAUAUGAAUUAAGACAUGGAGACAGCUGGUAUCUACGUGUUCCAUUAGAAGGUUUAGACUAUAUACAAGACCGUGAUUGGAUUACAAAAGUUUGGUUCGAACGUUUAAGUCAUUUGACUUCUGGUCUUUCAGUUGAACCGUUGGAAAAUCGUGUUCGAAUAAAUCUAUCAUCUGGUUGCCGUUGGGUUGAAGUGGUUGUUGACAAAUUAAAUCUAGCUGAUAGCGGACUAUAUCGACUAUGGAUACAGAAUCAAGCUGGUCGAGAUUACAUCGAUUUGCGUUUACGUAUUGCUGAUAAACCUUGUGCCACACUACAGAAACCUCGAGUGAAACCACAUGGACCUGGAACAUUACUUAUAGAAUGGACUCCACCUUUGAUUACUGAUCGUUUAGAAUCUUUAGUUAAAUUUACUGGUUAUCGGGUAGAGUAUCGUCGUGAUGAACCUGGAGAAGAUUGGUUCCUUCUUGGUACUACAUCUGCUGAUCAAACUUAUUUUAUUGCACGUAGUCAAUUAAGAAGAGGUGUAAAUUAUCGUUUCAGAGUACGAUUAGAAAAUUGGCAUGGAUUAGGACCAGCUAGUGAUGCAUCAGAACCAGCACAAUUACCAGUACAUCGGCUUACAGAAGUUUUGGAUCUUAAUGAUAUGGAAUUCCGUCAUUAUACAGAUGGAUCAUUCGAUUCACGAUAUGACAUUAUUGAAGAGUUAGCUCGUACUAGAAAUUCUGGUCUUUAUAGACUUGCUGAACGCUCAACUGGUCGUUAUUGGUUAGGGACUAUUAUAGAUACAAGUCCAUCUGCAUUGACUAAACGUCCAGUUAGUGCUUUAGGUAAACGCGACAUCAGCUAUCCAGAAUUACCUUCGCGUCCAGUUAGUGUUUUGGAAACUGAACGCCCUGUUCGUAGACGUGCUUCUUAUGAUAUAUCAAGGUAUACAACUAGACAUGAUAUUACUGACUGGGAACAAGAGAAAGCCGAACGUGAACUGAAACUACUUUCGCGUAUCCAACAAGAAAACUUUGCACAUCUACAUGAAGCUUACACAGAAGCUAAACGUACUAUUUGUGUAAUGGAAGAUGUUACAUCUGGUGAUACAUUAUGGCAUCAAUUAGGCCGACGUAUUACAGUAACUGAGCAUAAAGCAGCGGAUAUAUUACGUCAGUUAUUAGAUUUAACUGCACAAAUACACAAAAGUGGUGGUGUACAUCUUGGUUUACAACCAGAGAAUAUCUUCUUUACUGAUCAAUCUAGACAACGGAUUGCAUUGGCUGAUCUAGGACAAACGCAUGCUUCAAAUGUUGAUAAACCUGUUCGUUUAUCAUUUCGUUCUAUGGUAUAUAUUCCACCAGAAUUAACUAAUGCUAUGCCAAUUAGUAAAUCGGCACGAGUUGGUCAAUCUGCUGAUAUGUGGUCAUUAGGUCUAUUACUUUAUCAAAUGACUACUGGUGAUACAGAAGGGCCACCUGAACCAGAGAAACUUGAAAAGAUGCAUUAUUCUCCAAAAAUGGUUGAUUUUACUAAACGUUUACUACAUAGUGAUCCAAAACAACGGAUGACAGUUCAUCAAGCUUUGGAACAUCCAUGGAUAACAAGUAUGACUAGUAAAAAAUAUGAUACAAUUGAACGAGAAGAAAAAGAGGAUCACUUCAAAUCUGUUUCUUCAUCAAGACAAUAUUCAUCAAAUCUAUCUAAGAAUUAUGAAUCACAAAUACAAGAUGAAAUUCUAGAAGAUGAUAUUGCUGAACGAAUAAAUAAACGUGCAUAUACAAGAUUAUUACGUUGGUUAGAUGCCAGUUAUGUAAAUGACACUGAUGAUAUUGACACAAAUGAUACAUCAACUAUUCGUAAAUUGUCAAGAGUUGGAUCUAUUCAUGAUUCAUAUCAUCGUUAUUAUUAUGAUUAUCAAACAUCAUCAUCUAAAGAAUCUGAAGAAAUUGUUGUACAUGCAAGAAUUACACCACGUGGUCAAGCACCAGAAAUAUUAACACCUAUGGGUUCAGUUAGUGCUCCAGAAGGUAGUACAACAAUGUUACGUUGUGCUGUUUAUUUACCGAAAAUAAAAAAAUCAUCACAUCUUACAGAUCAAUUGAGUGAUUUACAAAUUCGUUGGUCAUUAAAUGGUCGUGAAUUAAAUAUUGGUUGUCCGUUACCAUCAUUAAAAACUCCUACGACACAACAUUAUGUAUGUACAUAUGAUACUGAAACAGGUGAUAUUAAACUUCAUAUCAAUGAUGUUACAGUAUAUGAUGCUGGAACAUAUGAAGUUACUAUUAUUGGUCGAUACGGUCAAGUAUCUGAUUCAGCAAAUUUGAAAGUUUAUGAAUCAACAACUCAACGUUCAACUAUUAAUUCUGAUUUAUAUGUAACAAGUGAAUUAGGUGCACGUAUUCUAUUACCAUUAGUUGAUAUGACAUGUACAACUGGUGGUAAGAUUCAAAUGAAAGCUAAAGUUUGUGGAAUACCAGUUCCUCGAUGUACAUGGUUACAUAAUGGUAUCCCAUUAACAGCUUCAUCACGUAGACGUUUCUAUCAAGAAGAUAUGAAUGGUACAUCAUCAUCAUCAUCAUCAGAAUUAAUGCUAAAACUUGAAAUAUCUGAAAUUACUACAGCUGAUGCUGGACUUUAUUCUUUAGUAGCUACUAAUAAAUAUGGAUCACAAACAUGUUCAGCUGUUAUUGAAGUAUUUGCUUCUCUUGAGGAUGGUUCAGAAGCACCACAUUUUCUUAAAGAAUUAACAAGUAUUACUGUUGUUGAAGGGAGUGCUGCUCGUUUUGAAACAUGUGCACGUGGCCAACCUGCACCAACUGUACGUUGGCUUAAAGAUGGUAAACCAUUAUUAACAGAUGGUAUACGUUUAUGUGUAUCACAAACAUCAACUGAAAGAUCUGGCACUAAUACAUCUAGUCAUACACUUUUAGUUAAAGAUGCUAUACCACGUGAUAGUGGUACAUAUACAUGUAUCGCAACAAGUUCAUCAGGUACUGCUAUCACUGAAGCAGCAUUACAUGUUCGUGGUUUAUUCGGUCGUGGAGGUCAUAUUGGUUCAGAUACAGUUAAUAGUGGUGGUAUUCGACAUCGUCAUCCUGAAUUCACUCGUCGUUUACGUAAUCAACAAGUUGAUUUUGGCAGUACUAUACGAUUAGCUGCAUCAGUAUUAGCUCAACCAUCAGCUACAGUGGUUUGGCAAAAGGAUGGUAUAGAAAUUUUAACUGAUCCAUCGGAUGAUCCAAGAAUUACUGCUAAAAAUCAUAGCGGUCAUCUAGAAUUACGUAUUGAAAAUGUAUGCAAAGAUGAUUUGGGUCAAUAUACAGUGAUUGCAUAUAAUUCUGCUGGUGAAGCUCGUUGUUCAUGCAUUCUACAAGGUAUAACUAAAAUGGAAAUACAAGUGCCUAAAUUCACUAAAGAACUUCGAGAUUAUACAAUAUUAGAAGGUACUAAUUUAUGUUUAGAAACCAUAGCAAUCGGUGAACCAAUACCUGAAUUUAAAUGGGAAAAAGAUGGUUUUGAAAUUCUUCCUGAUGAAUAUGGUCCACCACGUAUCACACCUGGGACAAAUGGUAGUGGUUUAGCUUAUUUACGCAUUCACAAUGUUCGUAGUUCAGAUGCAGGUUUGUAUCGUUGCAUUGCAUAUAAUAGAUUUGGUCGUGAAAGAACAACUUGUAUUGUUCAUGUGGAAUCAACUAAACAAAAAGGUGUACAUCGAUCAGAUAUGAGGAAUGGAUCAUUUACUUCGAAAAAAGACACAGACUCUUCUUUAGCACUGUUAUCUGAAAAUGGUAUUAAAGCAUCACCAAGGGAUCAUUCAGAUUCACCCAAAUUAACUGGAUAUAUUAAUGUGUUACGUCCAUUGCCUAAAACUAUUGAAGUUGAAGAAGGCAGUCCUAUUGAACUAACAUGUCGUGUUGAUACAAAUUUACAUUACAUUCCUACAUGGAGUAAAUCAGGUCGAACUUUAACAUAUGAUGGUCGUAGAAGAAUUACUCGUAGUAAAGAUGGUGAACUUACAUUAGCUAUUGAUCAAGUAAUGUCUAAUGAUGAAGGAUCAUACACAUUGACAUUAGAAGCUUCUGAUGCAAAUGCACCGAAAAAUCUAGAACCAAUUGUACUUUCUACACGUGUUCAAAUUAAAUCAAAACAAAGACCACGUUAUGAUGCAGUUUCACGUGGAUCAUCUCGUGCUAAUUCUCGAGCAACAAGUGUUUCAAAUGGUCGAACUUCUAAAGAACCAUAA